CCGGUGAGCUGCCAACACCACCACGCCGCUGGAGAGAGUCCAGCAGUGCGGCGGCACUCAUCAGCCAUGUUGAAGGCUGAGAUGCCGUUCCUCGUGGGACUGGUAGUCUGGACUACCCUAGUCGCCGCGACGUUCGGCCAGACGCCACCUCGACAAGACUAUGGUGGCGCGACACGGGAAGUGUUUUUUCUGAACUUAGAGGACGGCUAUUUUGGCUGUCAAGUGAAUGAGUCCUCCGAGGUGCUCCAGCUUUUCGAGCUCUCGCAAUUGUGUGAUGGUGUGCCUCAGUGCUAUCUCGGCUCUGACGAGCUGACCAAGGAGCUUAAGUGCACAAGCACAUGUCAGCUUGCUACCGGCCGGCCCUGUGUCAACGGUGCUUGCUUAGAUUCUCAAUGUCACUGCAACGACGGUUUCGGUGGCAAGGGCUGCGAGAUGCCCGAUGAGAAUGAAUGCAAGUACCGGCCGUGCGACAUCUUCGCGCGGUGUACCAACACGAUGGGCGGCUUCUUCUGUUCCUGCUUUCCGGGAUACGAAGGAGACGGCCAGACAUGCAAAGACAUCGACGAGUGCCAGGAUCCGGCGCUUGCAGCCCGGUGCGUCCCCAACGCCGAGUGCUGCAACCUGCCGGCCCACUACGUCUGCAAGUGCCUAGACGGCUUCGAAGGCAAAGGCGACGAGGAGUGCCGAGAUAUUGACGAGUGCGAGAAGCCUGACGCGUGCGGAGCCAACGCCCUCUGCCAGAACUACCCCGGCAACUUUACCUGCACCUGUCCCGAGGGCUACGUGGGCAGCGCCUAUGACGGGUGUGUCGACUACAACGAGUGCGACGAGCGGGGAAUGUGCGGUCCGAACGCCCGCUGCCGCAACACGGCUGGCGGCCACGAGUGCUUGUGCGACGCCGGCUUCAUCGGUGAUCCGUACUCGCGCGCCGGGUGCCUCGACCUCAACGAGUGCACCAACGAGCCGUGCGGCGCUGGCGCGCUCUGCAAGAACACGCCCGGCAACUACACCUGCCUCUGCCCGCCCGGCUACCGCGGCGACCCGCUGGUGCAGUGUCAGGACGUCGACGAAUGCUCCAAGAACCCCUGCGGAAGCAACGCUCGGUGCAUUGACACCGUAGGCAGUUACACGUGCCAGUGCCUGCCCGACUAUACCGGAGACCCUUACAAGGGCUGCACGGACAUCAACGAAUGCGUCGUGUACGGAAAGCCGUGCGGUGACUACGCCAUCUGCAAGAACACCGUGCCGGGCUACUCGUGCCGCUGCCCGCAGGGCUACCAGGCCAACCCGACGCCGGCGGUGGCGUGCGAGCAGGUGGACGUGAAAAUCCUCUGCCAAUCGAACUUCGACUGCGUCAACAACGCCGAGUGCAAGGAGGGCCAAUGCUUCUGCAAGAGCGGCUUCCAGGAGCGCGGCACCACCUGCGUCGACGUGGACGAGUGCGCCAAGAACCCGUGCGGCGCCAACUCGCACUGCGUCAACCUGCCCGGCAGCUACCGCUGCGAGUGCGACGCCGGGUUCGUCGGCAACCCGCCGAACACGCCCUGCCGCGUACGAGACGCUAGGUGCGCUUGUGACAGCGUGCCUUGGAAGGCCAUUCCUGUUGAAUCCAGAGGUCGGAUGUACGACCGUGCACCCUGCGACGGCAUGGAGUGCGGCCCGCAUGCCAAGUGCAAACCGGAUGGUCUGGAGGCGCUCUGCAUCUGCGACGACGGCUGGACCUACGACCCGGUCAACGUCAAGGCCGGCUGCGUCGACGUGAACGAGUGCGACCCUCUGCUGGGCCCGGCGGGCAUGUGCGGAGAGGGAGCGCUCUGCACCAACACGGCCGGCAGCUACAGCUGCGCGUGCAAACCCGGCUACUCGGGCAACCCGCAAGUCAAAUGCAUGGACAUUGACGAGUGCCGAAGGCCGGGCGCCUGCGGCACGGGUGCCAUCUGCGACAACACGCCCGGCUCCUACCAGUGCUCUUGCCCCGAGGGCACUGAGCCGGCGCCGGACGCGCAGACCCUCUGCGUGGCGCUCAUCACGUGCGGCGGCGACGACGAGUGCCCCGGCAACGCCAUGUGCGACGCGGUUGGCCAGUGCCUGUGCCCGGAGCCCAACGUCGGCAACGACUGCAGGCAUCCGUGCGAGGACGUGUUCUGCGGCCCCAACGCCGAGUGCAUGCUGAUCAACGGCCGACCCAAGUGCAUGUGCGCCUCGGGCUUCACGGGCGGCGCGCUGUCGGGCUGCGUCGACAUCGACGAGUGCGCCGCCUCGCCCUGCGCGCCGGGCGCCGUCUGCCGCGACGAGCGGGGCGGUUUCGUCUGCGAGUGCCCGAGCGGUGCCGAGGGCGACCCCUAUCGGCAGGGCUGCCGCGAGCUCAAGGAGGCCGGCUGCGGACCCGACCAGCCCUGCCCGGCCAACGAGGAGUGCGUGCGUGACGACGGCGCCGCCGCCGACGUGUGCGUCUGCAUGCGCGGCUACCGGCGCGACGGCGCCUUCGGCCGCUGCGUCGACAUCGACGAGUGCACGGAGGAUGCGGCGAGCGCGGCGCGCGUCUGCGGCGCCAAUGCUAUCUGCACCAACAAGCCGGGCACAUACGACUGCAGUUGCCCGCCCGGCUUCGCCGGGAACGCCUUCUCCGGAUGCGAGACGCAGUCGUGCUCUGGCUCCGAGUGUGGCUGCCUGCCGCCCUUCAAGCUGACAGGAGGGGUGUGCGCCCUCGGCCGCUGCUCGGGCUCCACGGGCUGCGACCCGGGCGCCCGCUGCGUGCCGCUCGGCCGCCAGAGCUACUGCGUCUGCGACCAGGGCCACGUCGCUCAGCCGGACGGCACCUGCAGGGACGUCGACGAGUGCUCUGAGCCGACCCAGGACGGCCGGCCGGUCUGCGGCAUCGGCGCCGACUGCGUCAACCUGGUGGGCUCGUUCGAGUGCGCCUGUCCCGAAGGCAGCUCCGGCAACCCGUACACUGGCUGCGUGGCCAACAAGGUGCAGUGCUCCAGGGACAGCGACUGCGGCCAGAACGAGAAGUGCGUGCAGCCGGGCCAGUGCGUGUGCCCGCCACCCUAUUACUCCGACACCGAGGACGGCAACAAGUGCAAGAGCCCGUGCAAGCGGUUCCCGUGCGGCGUGAACGCCCGCUGCACCCCGUCGGACCCGCCCAAGUGCCUCUGCGACGCCGGCUACUCGGGCAACCCGUACGAGGGCUGCCGCGACCAGGACGAGUGCCGCGACAGCCCGUGCGCGUCCGGCGCCAGCUGCAUCAACGAGAAGGGCAACUUCAAGUGCAUCUGCCCGGCCGGCACCAAGGGCGACCCGUUCGUGGCCGGAUGCACAGGCAGCGCCACCGGCUGCGCCUCGGACAACGACUGCGACGGCACGAUGGCCUGCACGGACGGCCAGUGCCGCAACCCGUGCGAGCAGCUGCCGUGCGGCGCCAACGCCGUCUGCGAGCCGGAGGGCCAUGCCGCCUGGUGCCGCUGCCUACCCGGCUUCAGCGAGGCUGCCGACACCGGCGACUGUGUCUCAGAGUGUGACGGCUACCUGUGCGGCGACAACGCCGAGUGCUUGGUCUCCGCCGACGGGCCGACCUGCAAGUGCCUGGAGGGCUACAACGGCAACCCGUUCCCGGGCGGCACCUGCUCGCCGGACGUCUGCAGUCCGCAGAGUCCGUGCCAGGGCUCGGAGGUGUGCGUCUCGUCCCGCUGUAAGGUGCGCUGCGAGGGCGUCACCUGCGGCAUCGGCGCCAAGUGCGACAAGAACACCAACAGGUGCACCUGCCUGCCCUUCCACGUCGGCAACCCGGACCUGCUCUGCGUGCCACCCACGCUGCCGCCCGUCUGCGAACCGUCCUGCGCCAAGAACGCCCACUGCGAGUACGGCCAGCCCAACAAGUGCGUCUGCAACCGCGGCACAUCGGGCAACCCGUACGAGGGCUGCGGCUCGUCGGCGCGCACGUGCAGCACGGCCUCGUGCGGCACGGGCGCCACGUGCAAGGAGGGCAGCGGCCGGGUGGACUGCGUGUGCCCGGCCGGCUACCGCGGCAACCCGUACGUCGAGUGCACCGACGUCGACGAGUGCAUGGGCAACUCGUGCGGCAUGAACGCACUCUGCAUCAACACGCCGGGCUCGUACGACUGCCGCUGCCAGCAGGGCUUCCAGGGCAACCCGUUCCUGAUGUGCAUGCCGCCCAGCCCGGCAGAGGCCAGCUGCGAGAGCAACCCCGACAGCUGCCAGUGCUCUGCCAACAGCCCGUGUCCCGCCGGGUAUGACUGCCGGAAGAGCAAGUGCGUGAACCUGUGUGCCGGGGUGGCGUGCGGACCGAACGCCGUCUGCAGCGGCGGCAAGUGCUCAUGCCGCGCCGGCUACGAGGGCGACGCGUCCGAUCCCAAGGUGGGCUGCUCCACCGGCGGCUGCCAGAACGACCUGUACUGCGGCGACGACCAGAUUUGCCUGCCGUCGGCUGGUGGCCGACGCCAAUGCGUCAGCGCCUGCUCCAAGCUCACCUGCGGCCCCAACGCCUUCUGCGUCACCGAGAACCACCGCUCCAGCUGUCUCUGCAAGGACGGCUUCCGAGGCGACCCGAGCAACCCGCGCGUCGGCUGCCAGCCAGCCACGCGCACCGACGAGUGCUCCACGUCCCGUGACUGCGGCAAGGACCGCCCCGUCUGCACGCUGGACGAGAGCGGCCGUAAGCAGUGCCUAAACCCGUGCGACACCUUCUUCUGCGACCAGAACGAGGAGUGCUCGGUGCGGCGCUCGCGGCCCGUCUGCCUCUGCCGCGACGGCUUCAAGAAGAACCCGCGCACCAACCGCUGCGAGAGCCCGGGCGUGCCCGAAUGCGCCACCGCCGACGACUGCCCCGGCACGCACGCCUGCCUCGCCGACGCGCUCAACGUCAAGAAGUGCGUGUCCGUCUGCGACCGCACGCAGUGCUCACCCAACUCGCAGUGCGUGGCGGCGCAGCACCGCGCCACCUGUCGCUGCGUCGAGGGCUUCUACGGCAACCCCAACGACCGCGCCGGCUGCAAGCCGCUGUCGCGCAACUCGUGCUCCUCGGACGCCGAGUGUCCGGAGACGGAGGCGUGCCGCGCAGGCGACGGCGGCCGCCAGUGCCUAGCCGUCUGCUCCGGCCUGCGCUGCGGCCCCGGCGCCGUCUGCGUCGCCAACAACCACGUGGCGCAGUGCCAGUGCCCGCCGGGCAAGUACGUGGGCGCGCCGGCCGACCCGGAGGAGGGCUGCCGCGCCGUCGGCUGUCUCACCAACGGCGACUGCCUGGCCACGCAGGCCUGCAACCGGCUCGACUACCAGUGCUACGAUGUGUGCCGCGACGCGUGCGGCGCGCACGCCGUCUGCCUGGCCGAGAACCACAACCCGGUCUGCUCGUGUCGGCCCGGCUACACGCCCAACCCGAGCGCCGAGACCGACUGCGCCGCCGUCGAUCUGUGCGCGGCGCGCCCGUGCCACUCGUCGGCCAAGUGCGUCACCACGCCCGGCUCGUUCUCCUGCUUCUGCCCGCCGCGCCAGAUCGGCGACCCGUACACCACCGGCUGCCACCCGGAGGGCGAGUGCCCUGGCGGCGAGGCCGACUGCCCGCCCGACUCGGUCUGCCUGCGCGGCCGCUGCGCCGACCCGUGCCAGGGCGCCUGCGGCAGCAACGCCCAGUGCAACGUGGUCGAGCGGCGCGCCCAGUGCAGCUGCCCAGCCGGCUUCCAGGGCAGCCCGGAGCCGGCGCAGGGCUGCGUGCGCACCGUCACCGGCUGCAGCAGCGACGCCCAGUGUCAGGACGACGUCUGCAUCAGCGGCCAGUGCCGAGCUGUGUGCUCCCGCACGAGCGAGUGCGCCAGCGGUGAGCGCUGCGUACGCAACCGCUGCAUGCUGCCGUGCCUGUCGAGCACGCAGUGCGCCAGCGGUCAGACGUGCGACGACGGCUUCUGUGCGCUCGGCUGCCGCGCCAACGGCGACUGUCAGCCCGAACACGCCUGCGUCAACAACAAGUGCCAAGACCCCUGCAAGCGCGACGGCUCGUGCGGCGUGAACGCCCUCUGCACCGUAAAGGAGCACCGUCCGCAGUGCGCCUGCCCGGCCGGCUUCACGCCGAACCCGACGCCGCAGCAGGGCUGCACGCGAACGCCGACCGUCUGCGCGGGCGACGACGAUGCCUGCCCGGACAAGAUGCGCUGCCGCGAUGGCAGCUGUCGCCACGGCUGCCGCGGUAGCGCCGACUGCGCGCAGGGCGAGCGCUGCACCAACUUCGUGUGCGCCACCGUCUGCUACCAGGACAACAACUGCCUGUACGGCGAGGUGUGCGUGGACGGCACGUGCCGGCUGGGCUGCCGCUCGGCCGCCGACUGCGCCUCCGGCCAGGCCUGCGACGGCGGGCAGUGCGCCUGCGCGCCCGGCUACGUCGCCGACGACGACGGCUGCGAGGACGCCGACGAGUGCGAGAACCGGCCCUGCCACCCGACCGCCACCUGCAUCAACCAGCCCGGCUCGUUUAAGUGCGUCUGCCCCGAGGGCACGGCCGGCAACCCGCUGACCAGCCCCGGCUGCGGCUCGCCGAGCGAGUGCUCCGCCAACGGCGACUGCGCCGGUAACCUGGCGUGCGCCAAGGACACGGUGGGCGGCCGGCGCUGCGCCGACCCGUGCCUGGACGCCACGUGCGGCGCCGGUGCCGAGUGCCGCGUGCUCGACCACAAGCCGGUGUGCCGGUGCCCGUCCGGCUACCAGGGCGACCCGACCGACCGCGCCGUCGGCUGCUUCCGGCCGCAGUGCAGCGUCGACAACGACUGCCCGGCCGACCGGCUCUGCGACAGCUUCCGCUGCGUCAACCCGUGCGACUUCGUUCGCUCGUGCGGCCGCGGCAGCUGCCAGGUGCAAGACCACCAGGCCGUCUGCUUCUGCAGCGCUGGCUUCGAGCAGGGCGCCGACGGGCUGUGCGUGGACGUGGACGAGUGCCGCGCCAGCCCGUGCCACCGCUCGGCUGAGUGCCGCAACGCGCUCGGCUCCUUCAGCUGCGUCUGCCCGCCCGGCACGGUCGGCGAGCCGGCCAGCCAGGGCUGCCGGCGCCCGGGCGACUGCGAGGCCGACUCCGACUGCCCCAGCUCCGCCGCCUGCCGGCUGGGCCGCUGCCAGAACCCGUGCGAGGCGGCCGCCGCCUGCGGCCCGGCCGCCGACUGCGUGACGGUGGCGCACCGGCCGCAGUGCAGCUGCCCGCCGCAGACGUCCGGCGACCCGCUCACCGGCUGCUCGCCGCUGGAGUGUGUCGACAGCGCCGACUGCGCCGCCGCCCAGACCUGCGUCCGCAACAAGUGCGUCGACCCGUGCGGCGCCUUCUCCGAGUGCGGCGCCAACGCCGACUGCAGCGUGGUCGACCACCAGUCGCUGUGCGCGUGCAGGCCUGGCUUCACCGGCGAGCCGCGCCUCGGCUGCACGCGCGUGCUGCGCUGCGGCGGCGACGAGCAGUGCCCACAGGGCCAGCGCUGCAGCGGCGGCGUCUGCUCCGAAGCGUGCGGCUCACCCCGCGACUGCCUGCAGGGCCAGCUCUGCCUGGAGGGCACGUGCCGACCCACGUGCAGCGCCGACGCGCAGUGUCCGCAGUACCACAGCUGCGUCAACCAGAUCUGCGUGGAGGAGGUGCGCUGCCGCGCCGACACCGACUGCGGCGCGCAGGAGCGCUGCCGCGCCAACGCCUAUGGCCAGGCCGAGUGCCAGGACGUGUGCAACGGGCUGGUGCUCUGCGGCAGGAACGCCGAGUGCGUGGCCAAGGACCGCCAGGUGGUGUGCGUCUGCAAGCAGGGCUUCCGCGGCGACCCGCAGGACGAGAAGACCGGCUGCCGGCCGAUCGAGUGCGAGAGCAACACCGAAUGCCAGCAGAACCAGAUCUGCACGGACUACAAGUGUGUCGUGGCCUGCAAGGUGAACAACCCGUGCGGCGAGAACGCGCUUUGCCUGUCGGAGGACUACCGCGCCGUCUGCUUCUGCCGCGAAGGCUACGUCGGCGACCCGCUGACGCGCUGCGAGCCAAUCGACUUCUGCAAGUCGAGCCCGUGCGCCAGCGGCGCGCGCUGCGAGAAUCGGCCCGGCUCGUUCAAGUGCCUCUGCCCGCUGGGCUCCAUAGGAGACCCGUACGAGCUGGGCUGCACACCGGCCGUUGAGUGCAAGCUGAACGGCGACUGCCCAGGCUCGGCCGUCUGCAGCGAGGAGGGCGGCGAGCCCAAGUGCGUCGACGUCUGCGAGACGGCCCGCUGCGGACCCAACGCCGACUGCAAGGCCACCAACCACAAGGCGUUCUGCGUCUGCCGCCAGGGCUACGACGGCAAGCCGGACGACGUGCUGCAGGGCUGCCGACCCAUCCCGGUCAAGUGCACCUACAACCAGGACUGCCCGCGCAACACCGUGUGCGACGGCGGCCUCUGCCGGCCGCCGUGCGCCACCAGCUCCGAGUGCGCCCUGACCGAGUCGUGCGCGCGCGGCCAGUGCACCAACCCGUGCAGCUCGGACGCCGCGUGCGGCCUCAACGCCGACUGUCAGAUGCUGCGGCACGAGAAGCAGUGCUCCUGCCCGCCGGGCUACACAGGCUCGCCGGAGGUCGAGUGCGUGCGCAUCCCAGUGCCGUGCCAGAGCAACCUGGACUGCGGCCGCGGCUUCUUCUGUCAGGAGAGCGUCUGCAGGAGCGCCUGCCAGGCCGACGCCGACUGCGCCCUCAACGAGAAGUGCGUCGAGGGAUCCUGCAUGUUGACCUGCCGCGUGGACAACGACUGCUUUCUGGGUCACGUGUGUCCGAGCAACCUGUGCGUCAUCGGAUGUCGGGCCAACACCGACUGUAACUCGGGAGAGGCCUGCCUUAACAGCCGCUGCACCAACCCGUGCGACGCCAGCGCCGUCUGCGGACCCAACGCCAAGUGCGAGGUGCUGAACCACCGCGCGCAGUGCAGCUGCGCCGCCGGCUUCAUCCCCAACCCGACGGCCAACGUGGCGUGCGUGCGCGAGCCGGUGCCGUGCAGCGUCAACUCGGAGUGCGGCUCGGGGGCCGUGUGCCAGGGCGGCCAGUGCCGGCCCAUCUGCAGCGGCGACCGCGGCUGCCUCCCGAACGAGCGCUGCGACGACGGCCUCUGCAUGCCCGGCUGCCGGCUGGACGACGACUGUGCCAGCGGCGAGAUCUGCCGGCAGCUGGUGUGCGGUGCCGGCUGCCGCGCCGACACCGACUGCGCCGCCGGCCUCAGCUGCGUCAACAACAAGUGCAUCGAUCCGUGCGCCUCGCCCACUGCCUGCGGAACCAACGCGCUCUGCUCGGUGUUGAGCCACCGCGUGCAGUGCACGUGUCCGGCCGGCACCACCGGCGACGCCUACAGCAGCUGCCGCGCGCCUCCCACCGCCUGUGACGCCGACAGCGACUGCGACGACGGCUCCUGCUACGGCGGCGCCUGCGUCGCCAAGUGCUCCAGCGACACGUCCUGCCUGAACGACGAGCGCUGCGUGGGCGGCAUCUGCAAGACCAUCUGCAGCUCCGAUUCGCAGUGCCGCGACUCCCAGAUCUGCCAGGGCCGCCUCUGCCUGUCCGGCUGCCGCACGGAUGACCAGUGCGCCGCCGAGCAGGCGUGCAUCAACCGCAAGUGCCGUGACCCGUGCCAGGGCACGGCCGCGUGCGGCACGUGCGCGCAGUGCGACGUGGCCAACCACCGCGCCCAGUGCACGUGCCCGGCCGACACGCGCGGCAACCCACAGGUGGCCUGCACGCCCGUGCCCAAGCGUUGCACCAGCAGCCAGCAGUGCGGCGGCGGCAAGUGCGAGUCGGGCCUGUGUCUGACGCAGUGCGCGGGGCCGUCCGACUGCGGCUGCGGCCACAGCUGCGCGGCGGGGGUGUGCCGGCAGCGCUGCGGCGCCGACGCCGGCUGUCCGGCCGGCGUGCUGUGUGCCGACGGCCUGUGCGUGGCCGGCUGCCGCUCCGCCGACGACUGCCCGGCCAGUCUGGCCUGCGCCGACGGCCAGUGCGUCGACCCGUGCGGCGCCGGCUCGCCGUGCGGCACCGGCGCCGAGUGCAAGGUCUCCAACCACCGCGCCGUCUGCCUCUGCCCGGACGGCUUCAACGGCAACCCAAGUCAGGCGUGCACCAAGGCUGGCUGCGCGCGCGACGCCGACUGUGUCGACCCGACCAUGGCCUGCAUCGACGCCCAGUGCGUCAACCCGUGCCUGCAGCCGGAGGCGUGCGGCGUCAACGCGCAGUGCAAGGCUGUGCGCCGGCGCGCCUUCUGCCUUUGCCCACCCGGCUACUACGGAGAACCCAAGGUCCAGUGUCGCAAAGAGGCCAACGAGUGCGUGCGCAAGCCGUGCGGCGAGAACGCCUACUGCACCGACACGCAGGACUCGUUCACCUGCACGUGCGAGGAGGGCUGCGUGGGCGACCCGGUGCGCGGCUGCGUCUGCGUCGGCAACCAGUGCGACACGCUGCGCUGCGGUGUGAACGCCGAGUGUCGCGUCUCGUCGCAGGGCAGUGCCCAGUGCUACUGCCCGCCCGGCUUCCCCGUCGGAGACCCCAACGUCCGAUGCUCGACCUCAGGCCGCGUCGACUGCCGCACCACUGGCUGUGGACCGAACGCCGAGUGCGCGCGCCAGGGCCUCGGCUACGCGUGCCGCUGCCGGAGGGGUCACACGGGCAACGCCGAGGCCGGCUGCAGCCGAGAAUCUGCAUGCACCCGAGACUCAGACUGUGGCACUUCGGCGGCGUGCAGCGCCGGCGAGUGCGUCGACCCGUGCGCCGUGCGCGGCGUCUGCGGCCAGAACGCUCUCUGCCAGGUGGUCUUCAGCAAGGCGCGCUGCUCCUGUCCGCAAUGCUACGUCGGCCAGCCGUCGGUGCUGUGCCGGCCGGACCCGGCGUGCGGCCGCGUGCCGGACCGGCCGGUCGGGCCGCGCACCCGCUGCGACCAGGACGCCGACUGCGCCGACAGCCUGACCUGCCGCGCCGGCGAGUGCGUCGACCCCUGCUUCGGCUACACGCUCUGUCCCGAGGAGAAGAAGUGCAUGGCACGCGAACACAUCGCCACGUGCGUCUGCAAGUACGGCUUCGUCGUCAACGAGAAGUUUGAGUUCGUGUGCGCCGGGCCGCGCGUGGAGUGUCGCGCCGACGACGACUGCGCCUCCAACCUGGGCUGCAUCUCGGGCAAGUGCCAGAACCCCUGCCUGCUGCAGAACCCCUGCCCGACCAACAAGCGCUGCGACGCCGUCAACCACCAGCCCAUCUGCGUGUGCACCAAGGAGUGCGAGCCGUCCAUUUCGCUGUGCCUGAACGACCGUGGCUGCUCGGACAACCUGGCCUGCGUCAGCUACCAGUGCGUGGACCCGUGCCAGGGCUUCAGCUGCCCGCAGGACCGCCCUUGCUACGUGGAGGACCACAAGCCCAUCUGCAAGUUCUGUCCGGCUGGCUUCAGCGUCGACCCCAUCUACGGCUGUAUGAAAGUGAUUGGCUGUCGGGAGAACGACAACUGUCCGUCAAACCAGGCUUGUAUCAACGGCGAGUGCAAGAACCCUUGCCUGCUGGUCGACCCGUGCGAUGCGCCCGAAGUGUGUCGUGUGGAGGACCACAACAGCGUCUGCGUGGAUGACUGCGGCUGCAGCUCCAAUGCUGAUUGCGACAUCGGCGAACAGUGCGACGGCUGCGAAUGCCAGAAGAGCAGAGUUCCCAACAUCGGCUGUGUGCCGGGCAGCUGCGACGACGACGACGUGUGCGACGAGGAGACGGGCGAGUGCGUCGACUCAGUGCCGGCGCCGCGGCCUGGCUGCUCCUCCGACAACGACUGCUCGCGCGCCGAGACGUGCCACCAGGGCGUCUGCCUGGACCCGUGCAACCUUCGACCGUGCGGCGCCAACGCCUUCUGCCGGCCCACCAACCACAAGGCGUUCUGCGUCUGCGAGCUCGGCUUCACCGGCAAUGCACAGAUCGAAUGCGUCAAGUUGACCUGUCGGGGCAACACGCCGUGCCCGUCUAACCUGCGCUGCACCGGCAUCUACUGCGUCGACCCGUGCCCGGAGACGCUGUGCGAUGCCAACCAGCGCUGCCUCACGGAGAACAACGUGCCGCGCUGCGUCUGUAAAGAGGGCUUCGGCGGGCCCGACUGUCUGAAACUGGACGGCGGCGCGUGCGUGGCGGCCGCCGACUGCCCCGGCAGCAAGGCUUGCAUUAACAGACAGUGCAUGGACCCCUGCCUGGUGGAGAACCCGUGCAGCGCUUCGGCGCGCUGUCUCACCCGCCGCCACGUGGCCACGUGCACGUGCCCGGCCGGCCAGACGGGCGACCCGCGCGAGCGCUGCCACGGAGCAGGGACGCUCGGCUGCCGCGCCGACAGCGAGUGCCCCAGCACAAAGGCCUGCAUCAACGGCGCCUGUGACGACCCGUGCCGCUGCGGCACCAACGCUCUCUGCGACGUCAGCGGCCAUCGCGCCGUGUGCAAGUGUCCGCCCGGCUACCAGGGCAACCCCAGCAUCAGCUGCCAGGUUCCCUACCGGCCGUGCGCGCCCAGCCCCUGCGGCAUUGGCGCCAUUUGCGAGAUCGAUGACGGCAAUCCAAUCUGCUCCUGUGCGAAGGGACAGACGGGGAAUCCGUUCGUCAAAUGCAUGCCUGACGGCGACGAAUGCGACGAUUUCGAGUGCGGCGCCAACGCCGACUGCCGCGAGGUGAACGAUGAGCCGGUCUGCUUCUGUCUGCCUGGCUACACGGGCAACCCACCAGCCACCGCCUGCACGCCCAUCCGCAACCCCUGCGACCCGUCCCCUUGCGGUCCCAACACCGACUGCAACGUCGUCAACGGCUUCCACCGCUGCACCUGCAAGACGACCUACUUCGGGGACCCGAACACGAUCCGCGGGUGCACGCCGCCGCGUGACCCGUGCAACCCGAACCCGUGCGGCGCCGGGGCUCGCUGCGACGCCAGCCGCAACCCCAACUGCUACUGCCCGCUGGGCACCAUCGGAGACCCGUACCGCGGCUGCAAGGCCGAGGUCGUGGCUGAAUGCGGCCCCGGCGACUGCGGCCGCAACGCCCAGUGCUUCGUGCGCAACAACAAGCCGCGCUGCAUCUGCAUGCCCGGCUUCAUCGGCGAUCCGGUGAACGGCUGCCGGCCCGAGAACCCGUGCCAGCCGAACCCGUGCGGCCCGCGCGCCAGCUGCGCCGUCUCGCCGAGCGCCGAGGGCAUCUGCACUUGCGAGCCGGGCACCGUCGGCAACCCGGACAGCCCGCUCGGCUGCCGGCCCGAGUGCGAGGUCGACCAGGACUGCUCGGCCGCGCAGGCCUGCGUGGCGCAAAAGUGCGUCGAGGUCUGCGCCGGCGCGUGCGGCGUCGCCGCCGACUGCAAGGUGGUCAACCACAAGGCCGUCUGCACCUGCCCGCCCGGCUACUCCGGAGACCCGCUCGCCCUCUGCCAAGAGUUGGCCACAGUGCGUCCGCCAACGGGCCGGCCGGACCCUUGCGCGCCGAAUCCGUGCAGCCCGCAGACGCUCUGCUCGAGCGUCAACGGGCGGCCGCUCUGCACGGCGCUGGAGAAGCCCGAGUGUCGUCAGAGCGCCGACUGCGCCGCCACGCUCACCUGCCUCGGCGGCAGCUGCAUCGACCCAUGCCCCGGGUCGUGCGGCGUGGCCGCCGUCUGCGUCGUCCAGGACCACCGGCCCAUGUGCAAAUGCCCGGCCGGAUACGUCGGCAACCCCUACCAGCAGUGCGUCCUGCAGCCGGUGACUGUGCCGACGGAGCCGGCCGAGCCGCGGCCGCUGCCUGAGUCCUGCCCGCCCGGCCAGUUCUACACCGACCGCGCCGGCUGCCGGCCCGAGUGCGUACUCAACGCCGAGUGUCCGUCCGACCUGGCCUGCAUCCGCAACACGUGCACCAACCCGUGCGUCGGCGUGUGCGGCUUCGGCGCCGACUGCAAGGUGGUCGGUCACAACCCGAUCUGCAGCUGCCCGCGUACUCACACUGGCGACCCGUUCAUCCGCUGUGUCCGGCAGCCAGUGACUCAGCGGCCGCCGUCGCUGCCGACGGACCCGUGCGUGCCGUCGCCGUGCGGCCAGGGCGCCAAUUGCAAGUACAACGGCGAGCGGCCCGUCUGCUCGUGCCCGGCCGGCUACCUCGGCAGCCCGCUGGUGCUGUGCCGCCCCGAGUGCGUCCAGGACUCCGAGUGCUUGCUGCAGCGCGCCUGCAUCGGCCAGAAGUGUCGCGACCCGUGCCCGGGCUCGUGCGGCGUCGGCGCUGAGUGCUUUGUGGUCAACCACAACCCGGUGUGUACGUGCCCACGCGGCUUCUCCGGCGACCCGCUGACCCGCUGCUCCCCGCUGCCCGUCACGCCCAAGCCUGCCGUGCCGGCCCAGGUGCAGCCAUGCGUGCCGUCGCCGUGCGGCCCCAACUCGGAGUGCCGCAGCCCCGGCGACCGCGCCGUCUGCUCGUGCCGCGCCGGCUUCCAAGGCAGCCCGCCGCUGACGCCCUGCUACUCGGUCGGCUGCACGUCCAACUCGGAAUGCCCGCCGCAGCAGGCAUGCGUCAACCGCGACUGCCGCGACCCGUGCGUGGGCGCGUGCGGCGUCAACGCCGACUGCCAGGUGGUCGGCCACCGGCCGGUCUGCUCCUGCCCCGAGGGCCACAGCGGCGACCCGACGCUGAUCUGCCGACCUCGCCCGGUGACGGUGCGUCCGACCGCGACGACGCCGUACCGGCCGUGCAGCCCGUCACCCUGCGGCACCAACGCCGAGUGCAAUGUCAACAACGGCUACCCCAUUUGUUCGUGCAUCAAGAACUACUACGGCAACCCGCUGGUCAGCUGCCAGCCGGAGUGCACCGUCUCGUCCGACUGCCCGCCGAACCGCGUCUGCUUACGGCUGGCCUGCGUCGACCCGUGCCCCGGCCUGUGCGGCGUCGAUGCCGUCUGUGACGUCAUCAACCGGCAGCCGCAGUGCCGCUGCCCGGACGGCCUGACCGGCGACCCGUACCAGUUCUGUCGACGCCCGCCCGUGACGCCGCCGGCGCCCGUCUUCCCGUGCCAGCCGACCCCGUGCGGCCCCUUCUCCGAGUGCAAGGAGGUGAGCUCGCGCGCCGUGUGCUCCUGCGCGCCCGGCUACCACGGCUCACCGCCCGGCUGUCGGCCCGAGUGCCUCAUCAGCGCCGACUGCCCGCCGCACAAGGCCUGCUCCAACAAGCGCUGCGUCGACCCCUGCGUCGGCGUGUGCGGCAUCGGCGCCAACUGCGAGGUAGCCAACCACAACGCCAUCUGCAGCUGCCCGCGCACGCACACCGGCGACCCGUUCGUGCGCUGCGUGCCGUUCCCGGUGACAGAACCACCGAAGGUGGAGGACCCGUGUGCACCGGGCACGUGCGCCGCCAACGCCGACUGCGACAACGGCCAGUGCACGUGCCGGGCCGGCUACUUCGGCAACCCGUACGUGCAGUGCCGGCCCGAGUGCGUGCAGGACUCGGAGUGCCGUCGCGACCAGGUCUGCUUCCGCACCAAAUGCACGGACGCGUGCCCGGGCCUGUGCGGCACCGGCGCCGAGUGCCGGGUCAUCAACCACGUGCCCAUGUGCUACUGCCCGCAGGGCUACCAUGGCGACGCGUUCGUCAGCUGCACGCUCAUCCCCGUCACACCGCCGCGUCAGCCCGCGCCCGGGCCGGACCCCCCGAUCGUGGCUGUCAAACCGUGCUACCCGAGCCCGUGCGGCCGCAACACCGAGUGCCGCGAGGCCGGCCAGCGGGCCGUCUGCUCCUGCCUGCCCGGCUACCAGGGUGACCCCACGCUGGGCUGCCGGGUCGAGUGCGAGACCUCGUACGAGUGCGCCGCCCAGCUGGCCUGCGUGCACAAGAAGUGCGUGGACCCGUGCCCGGGAACGUGCGGCAUCAACGCCGACUGCCGCGUGGCCAACCACGUGCCGGAGUGUUACUGCAUCAGCGGCUAUGAGGGCAACGCGUACCAGGCUUGUCGGCCGCGGCCAGUGACGCCGCCCCAGACGGUUCCGUCGGACCCGUGUCUGCCGACCCCGUGCGGCGAAAACUCGCAGUGCACGGUGUCGCAGCGCCGACCGGUCUGCUCGUGCAAGCCCGGCUUCCUUGGCUCGCCGCCGUACUGCCGGCCCGAGUGUGUGGUGCCGCAGGACUGCGCCCUCCAGCUGGCCUGCAUCGGCCAGAAGUGCCGCGACCCGUGCCCGGGCUCGUGCGGCGAGGGCGCCGACUGCAUCGUGGUCAACCACAACGCGAUCUGCAGCUGUCCGCGCGGCUUCACCGGCGACCCGUUCAGCAGGUGCACGCCGCGUCCUCAGACUCCGCCGCCGCCACCCAAGGCGGUCUGCUACCCGGGCGUCUGCGCCUACAACGCCCGCUGCACCGAGAACAACGGCGUGGCUGUGUGCACCUGUCUGCCCGGAUUCUUCGGAAACCCGACCGUCUCCUGCCGGCCCGAGUGUGUCACGCACGCCGAGUGUCCGCGCAACGAGGCCUGCGAGCGCAACAAGUGCAUCGACCCGUGCGAGGGCAUCUGCGCGCCGACAGCGCUCUGCCGCGUGCACAACCACGUGCCCAUGUGCUACUGUUCGGACGGCUACCAAGGCGACCCGUUCAACGCCUGCACGCCUCGCCCUGUCACCCCGCGCCCCACGGCGCCGACGUACGAAGAGCGUGACCCGUGCGACCUGUCGCCGUGCGGCCCCAACACCAAGUGUAGCGACAGCAACGGGGUGGCAGCCUGCAGUUGCCUGCCUGGCUACCAGGGCAACCCGACCAUCGGGUGCCGACCCGAGUGUGUCUCCAACGAAGAGUGUGCGCAUGACAAGGCGUGCGCCCGCCAAAAGUGCGUCGAUCCGUGCCCAGGAGUGUGCGGACCGAACGCGCAGUGCAAGAUCCUGAAUCACAACCCAGUCUGCUACUGCGUCCAAGGCUACACGGGCAACCCCAACCAGGGAUGCCGUCCCAUACCCAAGACGACGCCGCGACCGGACGUGAAGGUCAACCUGUGCCAGCCGAGUCCGUGCGGCCUCUUCUCGGAGUGCCGGGAGCAGUACGGGCGGGCCAUCUGCUCGUGCCAGGACGGGUACCUCGGCGUGCCGCCCAAGUGCCGGCCCGAGUGUCUUGUGUACUCGGACUGCGGCGCAGCACUGGCCUGCAUCGACCAGCACUGCGUCGAUCCGUGCCUGGGCUCGUGCGGCAUCAACGCCGACUGCCGCGUGCACGACCACAACGCGGUCUGCAGCUGCCGCGCCGGAUACGAGGGAGACCCCUUCACGGGCUGCGUGCCGAGACCAACCCCACCGCCGCAGCCCGAGAACCCAUGCUACCCAUCGCCCUGCGGCGCCAACACCGAGUGCACGGACGACGACGGUCUGGCCGUCUGCAACUGCUUGCCUGAGUACUUCGGCAACCCGUACGUUUCCUGCAAGCCCGAGUGUGUGCUGGACACAGACUGCCCCCGCGACAAGAACUGCUACAGGAACAAGUGCAAGGACCCGUGUCCCGGCCCAUGCGGCAGCGGCGCGGAGUGCAGGGUGGUCAACCACAUCACCUCGUGCUUCUGCCCGCCCGGCUACACGGGCGAUCCAUUCGACACGUGCAAGCCCACGCCCGUCACCACUACGCCGCCGCCGGUCUCGGACAAGCCGACCAACCCGUGCCAGCCGUCGCCGUGCGGGCCGAACGCGCAGUGCUCGGAUCGGCGCAGUGUGCCCGUGUGCGCCUGCCUGCCGGGCUACUUCGGUAGCCCGCUGGACGGCUGCCGGCCCGAGUGCGUCACCAGCGCCGAGUGCUCGCUCAGCAAGGCGUGCGUCAACCAGAAGUGUGUCGACCCAUGCCCGGGCUCGUGCGGCGCCAACGCCGACUGCCGCGUGGUCAACCACGCGCCCGAGUGCUCCUGCCUGCCUGGCUACGCGGGCAGCCCGUACAUACGCUGCUCCCCCAAACCCGUCACGGAAAAGGUCACCAGUCCCUGCAAACCGAGCCCGUGCGGCCCGAACGCUGCGUGCCACGAGAAGAACAGCCGUGCGGCCUGCUCCUGCGAUGCCGGCUACCUGGGCUCGCCGCCCAACUGCCGGCCCGAGUGCGUGGUGAACGCCGACUGCCCGUCCCACCUGGCCUGCUUCGGCCAGAAGUGUCGCGACCCGUGCGACGACCAGUGCGGCGACAACGCUGCCUGCCGCGUCAAGAACCACAAGCCCAUCUGCCACUGCGUGGCCGGCUACACGGGCGAUCCGUUCCGCGGCUGCUCCGCCAUCCCGGCCACCACCCCGCCGCCGGUCAGGGAGGUGUGCUACACGGGCGCGUGCGGCUCCAACGCCCAGUGCCGCGAGCACAACGGCCUGCCCGUCUGCUCAUGCCUCUCCGAGUUCUUCGGCAACCCGUACACCGGCUGCCGGCCCGAAUGUGUCACGCACACGGAGUGUCCGCGCAACAAGGCCUGCGAGCGCAACAAGUGCAUCGACCCGUGCGAGGGCAUCUGCGCGCCGACAGCGCUCUGCCGCGUGCACGACCACGUGCCCAUGUGCUACUGUUCAGACGGCUACCAGGGCGACCCGUUCACCGCCUGCACGCCUCGCCCCGUCACCCCCGCUCCGACCGCACCAGCCGUUUUCGAACCGCGCGACCCGUGCGAGCUGUCGCCGUGCGGCCCCAACGCCCAGUGUAGGGACACCAACGGGGUGGCAGCCUGCAGUUGCCUGUCUGGCUACCAGGGCAACCCGACCAUCGGGUGCCGACCCGAGUGCCUCUCCAACGAGGAGUGUGCGCAUGACAAGGCGUGCGCCCGCCAAAAGUGCGUCGAUCCGUGCCCAGGAGUGUGCGGACCGAACGCGCAGUGCAAGAUCCUGAAUCACAACCCGGUCUGCUACUGCGUCCAAGGCUACACGGGCAACCCCAACCAGGGAUGCCGUCCCAUACCCAAGACGACGCCGCGACCGGACGUGAAGGUCAACCCGUGCCAGCCGAGCCCGUGCGGCCCCUACUCGGAGUGCCGGGACCUGAACGGGCGGUCCUUCUGCUCAUGCGCCAAAAACUACUUCGGCUCGCCACCCGACUGCCGGCCCGAGUGCCUUGUGCACUCGGACUGCGCCGCAUCACUGGCCUGCAUCGACCAGCACUGCGUCGAUCCGUGCCUGGGCUCGUGCGGCAUCAACGCCGACUGUCGCGUGCACGACCACAACCCGGUCUGCAGCUGCCGCGCCGGAUACGAGGGAGACCCCUUCUCGGGAUGCUCCAUCAGACGAACCACGCCGCCGCCGCCGAGAAACCCGUGCUACCCAUCGCCUUGCGGCGCCAACGCUGAAUGCAGAGACAACAACGGCUUGGCCGCCUGCAAGUGCCUGCCCGAAUUCUUCGGCAACCCGUACGCAAACUGCAAGCCCGAGUGCGUGCUGGACACGGACUGCACGCGCGACAAGAACUGCGUGCGCAACAAGUGCGUGAACCCGUGUCCGGGCCCGUGCGGCAGCGGAGCAGACUGCACGGUGGUGAACCACAUCACCAUGUGCGCCUGUCCGGAUGGCUACAUCGGAGAUCCGUUCUCACUCUGCCGGCCGGUACCUGUGACAGCACCGACGCCGACCGUGGAGACGCCGCCGGAGAACCCGUGCCUGCCCUCGCCGUGCGGCUCCAACGCCCAGUGCUCGGCCAAGACUGACGUGGCCGUGUGCGCCUGCCUGCCGGGCUACCACGGCGACCCGACGACCGGCUGCCGGCCCGAGUGCAUCACCGAUGCCGAGUGCAGUCUGAGUCGGGCCUGCGCCCGCCAGAAGUGCGUCGACCCGUGCAUCGGCGUCUGCAGCAUCAACGCCGACUGCCGCGUCGUCAACCACAAGCCCAUGUGCACCUGUCAGGCCGGAUACGAGGGCAACCCGUACUUCGCGCGCUGCGUCAUCAAGCCGCAGACGGAGCCGAACGAAGCGGAGCCGUGUGAGCCGACUCCGUGCGGCCCGUACUCGACAUGCCGCAACUCGAACGGCCGCCCGGCCUGCUCCUGCCUGCCCAAGUACCUGGGCAGCCCGCCCAGCUGUCGGCCCGAAUGCGUGGUCAGCUCUGACUGUCCCAGUCACCUGGCCUGCGUCGGACAAAAGUGCCAGGACCCAUGCGCUGACUUCUGCGCCACCAACGCCGAGUGCCGUGUGUCCAGCCACGUGCCGGUGUGCACGUGCAGGUCCGGCUACCAGGGCGAUCCGUUCGUCGAGUGUCGACCUAAGCCGCAGACGACCCAGCCACCGGCGACGGAGCGCAACCCGUGCUUCUCGGGACGUUGCGGUCCGAACGCACAGUGCCGGGUCCACAACGGCCUGGGUGUGUGCAGCUGCCUGUCAGAAUAUUUCGGCAAUCCGUACGAGGGCUGCCGGCCAGAGUGUGUGGUCGACACCGACUGCGACCGGUCCAAGGCCUGUGAGCGCAACAAGUGCGUGGAUCCGUGCCCCGGCGUGUGCGGCACUGGCGCUGAAUGCCGGGUGGUCGACCACGUGGUCAUGUGCUACUGCCCGCAGUACCUGACCGGGGAUCCGUUCUCCGCGUGCGUCCAGCCGCCGCCGCCAUCGACGGCGCGUCCGACGCCGCCGGUGGUGGUCAACCGACCAUGUUACCCGUCCCCUUGCGGCGUCAACGCCCAGUGCACCGAGCAGAACGGCGCGGCGCGCUGUGCGUGUCUGCCGCCGUACGAGGGCGACCCGUACGUCGAGUGCCGGCCUGAGUGUACCUCCAACGCCGACUGCCAGCGUCACGAGGCGUGCGCCCGCCAGAAGUGCAUCGACCCGUGCCCGGGCGUGUGCGGACCGAACGCCGAGUGCCGCAUCACCAACCACAACCCGAUCUGCUACUGCCUGUCGGGGUACAGCGGCGACCCGUGGCAGGGAUGCCGCGAGGUGCCGCAGACGCCGGCCACGCCGCAGAACCCGUGCCAGCCGUCGCCGUGCGGGGCCAACUCCAAGUGUCUCGACGUGGCCAGUCGCGCGGCCUGCUCCUGCCUGCCCUCCUACAUCGGCAGCCCGCCCCACUGUCGGCCCGAGUGCGUCGUCAGCUCCGACUGCCCCAGCCACCUGGCCUGCAUCGGCCGCAAGUGCCAGAACCCGUGCCUGGACGUGUGUGGGCUCAACACCGUCUGCCGCGUCGUCAACCACAACCCGGUGUGCAGCUGCAAGCCCGGCUACUCCGGCGAUCCGUUCGGUGGCUGUAUCCGGGAGCCCAUCACUGUGCGGCCCACCGCACCCGUGGUGGAUGACGACCCAUGCAACCCGUCGCCAUGCGGCACCAACGCCGAGUGUCACAACAACGACGGUCUCGGCGUCUGCGCCUGCCUGUCCGAGUACUUCGGCAACCCGUACGUCAGCUGCCGGCCUGAGUGCGUGCUGGACACGGACUGCACACGCGACAAGAACUGCGUGCGCAACAAGUGCGUGAACCCGUGUCCGGGCCCGUGCGGCAGCGGAGCAGACUGCACGGUGGUGAACCACAUCACCAUGUGCGCCUGUCCGGAUGGCUACAUCGGAGAUCCGUUCUCACUCUGCCGACCUGCCCCCGUUACGACGCCGCGGCCGCCCGUGCAGACAAACCCGUGCCAGCCGAGCCCUUGCGGCGCCAACACCCAGUGCAAGGACACGGGCACGGUGGCGGUGUGCUCCUGUCUGCCGGGCUACCAGGGCGACGCCGUGUCCGGCUGCCGGCCCGAGUGCGUCACCAGCGCCGAGUGCCCGGCCAGCAAGGCGUGCGUCAACCAGAAGUGCGUCGACCCGUGCCCAGGCCUGUGCGGCGCCAAUGCCCAGUGCCGCGUGCAGAACCACAACCCGCUCUGCGCCUGUCUGGACGGCUACACCGGGAACCCGUAUGAGUCGUGCCGCCCCGAGCCGGUGACGCCGGCUGAGCCAUCCGACCCGUGCCGGCCGACUCCGUGCGGCGCAAACUCGCUCUGCCGCGAUCUCAACAGCCGCGCCGCGUGCGUUUGCCAGGCCGGCUUCGUGGGCUCGCCGCCCAACUGUCGGCCCGAGUGUGUGCUCAACACGGACUGUGCGGCCCAUCUGGCCUGCGUCGGACAAAAGUGCGGCGACCCGUGCGCGGGGCAGUGCGGUGCGAACGCGCAGUGUCGCGUGGUGAACCACCAGGCGCAGUGCAUCUGCCUCAGCGGCUACCAGGGCGACCCGUUCACCGGCUGCCGACCGCGUCCGCUGACCACGGUUCGCCCGAUUGUCGAAGAGAGAGAUCCAUGCAGUCCGGGCUCAUGCGGCUCGAACGCCCAGUGCCGGGUCCACAACGGCCUGGGCGUGUGCAGCUGCCUGCCGGAGCACUUUGGCAAUCCGUACGAGGGCUGUCGUCCAGAGUGUGUGGUAGACUCCGACUGCGACCGGUCCAAGGCCUGUGAACGCAACAAGUGCGUGGAUCCGUGCCCCGGCGUGUGCGGCUUCCGUGCCGACUGCCGGGUGCACAACCACGUGCCCAUGUGCUACUGCCCGGAGGGCUACCAGGGCGACCCCUUCACGGCAUGCACCCCGACACCAGUGACACCGCCAUGCAAGCCGGAUGAGCCCAAGGUCGUUGAACCUUGCUACCCGUCGCCGUGCGGAGCCAACACCGAAUGCAUUGCUAAGGACAGCGUGGCCACAUGCAAGUGCAAGCCAGGCUUCCCGAAGGGUGACCCGACUACCGGCUGUCGGCCCGAGUGUGUCACCAACGCCGACUGUGCCCAGACUCUGGCGUGCGGGUCACAGCAGAAGUGCGUUGACCCGUGCCCGGGUCUGUGCGGACGGAACGCAGAAUGCAGAGUCAUCAACCACAACCCUCUCUGCACAUGCAAUAAUGGAUACACCGGACCGCCGUACCAAGGAUGCACACGCAUACCACCUGAAGUGCCAAAGCAGACCUGCCUCCCAAACCCGUGCGGUGCGAACUCGAAAUGUCGGGAAUCGAACGGCCGUCCGGCCUGCUCCUGCCUGCCCAACUACCAGGGCAGUCCGCCCAGCUGUCGGCCCGAGUGCGUGGUCAACACUGACUGCGCCAGUCACCUGGCCUGCCUGGGACAGAAGUGCUCGGAAAUAUGCGAGAACGUCUGCGGGGUGAACGCAGAUUGUCGCGCGCAACGCCACGUGGCCACGUGCACGUGUCGCACGGGAUACACCGGAGACGCCUACUCGUACUGUUCUCCAAUACCCCAGACGUUGCCUCCGCCGGUGGUGGCGGCCGUGGCUGAUCCGUGCUUCCCGUCACCUUGCGGCGCCAACGCCAAAUGUCAGGGGAAGAACGGCCUUGGCGUCUGUUCGUGCGUACCGGAGCACUUUGGCGACCCGUACGCCGGCUGCAGGCCCGAGUGCGUUCUGGACGCCGAUUGUUCUCGAGACAAGAACUGCGAGCGCAACAAGUGCGUCGACCCGUGCGAGGACAGAUGUGGCUCCGGAGCGGAAUGCCGCGUGGUGAAUCACAUCGUUAUGUGCACGUGCCCACCGGGAUACACGGGAGAUGCCUUCUCCUACUGUAGCCCGGUGCCGCAAACUGUGCCGCCACCACGGGAGCCGCAGUACACGAACCCGUGCCAGCCGUCUCCGUGCGGGCAGAACGCCCAGUGCCGGGAGCGGAACAGCCUGUCGGUCUGCUCAUGUCUGCCUGGCUACCAUGGUGACGCGACGGUCGGCUGCCGGCCGGAGUGCGUCACCAGCGCCGAGUGCGCCCUGCACCUCGCCUGCGCAUCACAGAAGUGCAUCGACCCGUGCGCUGGCCUGUGCGGCCCCAACGCCGUCUGCAGGGUUGCCAACCACAACCCGAUGUGCAGCUGCCUGUCGGGAUACGGGGGAGACCCCUACCGCCGCUGCACGCCGGCCCCGACCGCCCCGCCUCGACCCGAGAACCCGUGCCAGUCGGACCCGUGCGGGCCCAACGCCGACUGCCGGGAGCAAAAUGGCCGUGCCUCCUGCUCGUGUCACAAGGACUACAUGGGCUCGCCACCCAACUGCCGGCCCGAGUGCGUGCUAAGCACGGACUGCGCGGCCCACCUGGCCUGCGUCGGCAGGAAGUGCCGCGAUCCGUGCCAGGGUCGGUGCGGCAUCGAAGCACUCUGCAUCGUCCGCAACCACCAGCCGUUAUGUCGGUGCCCGGCCGGCUACACGGGCGACGCCAGCCGCCUGUGCCGACCGGUGCCGCGUGCGCCUUCCACGCCGGCUCCAAUUCCUCAACAAGAGCCGUGCUACCCGGGCAAGUGCGGUCCGAACGCCCAGUGCCGGGUCCACAAUGGACUGGGCGUGUGCAGCUGCCUGACAGAAUACUUCGGCAAUCCGUACGAGGGCUGUCGUCCAGAGUGUGUGGUAGACUCCGACUGCGACCGGUCCAAGGCCUGUGAGCGCAACAAGUGCGUGGAUCCGUGCCCCGGCGUGUGCGGCUUCCGUGCCGACUGCCGGGUGCACGAGCACGUGCCCAUGUGCUACUGCUCGGAGGGCUACCAGGGAGAUCCCUUCACUGCCUGCACGCCUGUACCACUGACACCUCCUGAACCGACAAAGCGGCCUGAGGUCGUUGACCCUUGCUAUCCGUCGCCGUGCGGAGUCAACACCGAGUGCACUGCCAAGGACGGCGUGGCCACAUGCAAGUGCAAGCCAGGCUUCCCGAAGGGUGACCCGACUACCGGCUGUCGGCCCGAGUGCGUCACCAACGCCGACUGCGCCCAGACUCUGGCGUGCGGGUCACAGCAGAAGUGCAUUGACCCGUGCCCGGGUCUGUGCGGACGGAACGCAGAGUGCAGAGUCAUCAACCACAACCCUCUCUGCACGUGCCAUAAUGGAUAUACUGGACCACCGUACCAAGGAUGUGUGCAGAUUCCACCUAAGACCCCGAAGCGGACGUGUGUCCCGAACCCCUGCGGUGCGAACUCGAAAUGUCUGGAGCAAAACGGCCGUCCGGCCUGCUCCUGCCUGCCCAACUACAUCGGCAGUCCGCCCGAAUGUCGGCCCGAGUGCGUAGUCAGCUCUGACUGCGCCAGUCACCUGGCCUGCGUCGGAGAGAAGUGUGUCGACCCCUGCCCGGGAUCAUGCGGACAAAACGCGGAGUGCCGCGUCCACAACCACAACCCGGUCUGCUCCUGCCUGCGUGGAUACACCGGGGAUGCAUAUGCCCUGUGUACACCAAUCCCUCAAACACCUGCACCCACGGCGCCUGCAGUUGCCGAUCCCUGCCAUCCGUCGCCGUGCGGAGCAAACGCCGACUGCAACGAUAAGAACGAUGUGGGGGUGUGCAUUUGUCGGGACAAAUAUUUCGGCAACCCGUACAGUGGCUGCAGGCCCGAAUGUGUUCUGGACACCGACUGUCCCCGAGACAAGAACUGCGAGCGCAACAAGUGCGUCGACCCGUGCGAGGACAGAUGUGGCUCCGGAGCGGAAUGCCGCGUGGUGAAUCACAUCGUUAUGUGCACGUGCCCACCGGGAUACACGGGAGAUGCCUUCUCCUACUGUAGCCCGGUGCCGCAAACUGUGCCGCCACCACGGGAGCCGCAGUACACGAACCCGUGCCAGCCGUCUCCGUGCGGGCAGAACGCCCAGUGCCAAGAGAAGAACAGCGUGGCCGUGUGCUCGUGUCUGCCGGGCUACCAGGGCGACCCGACAACCGGCUGUCGUCCGGAGUGCGUCUCCAACGCCGAGUGCGCUCCGUCGCUGGCCUGCAUCAACCAGAAGUGCAAGGACCCCUGCGCCGGUCUGUGCGGCGUCAACGCCCAGUGCCGAGUCCUCAGUCACAACCCGAUGUGCAACUGCCUGCCUGGAUACGAGGGAGAUCCCUACAGAAGCUGCGCAGUGGCCAGAACCGAACCACCCCGGCCUGAGAACCCGUGCCAGCCGACCCCGUGCGGUGCGAACUCGGAGUGUCGGGAGCAGAACAGCCGUGCGGCCUGCUCCUGUCAGAAGGGCUACGUGGGCUCCCCGCCCGCCUGCCGGCCAGAGUGUGUGCUGAACACAGACUGUGCCGGCCACCUGGCCUGCAUCGGGCAGAAGUGUCGCAACCCGUGCGAAGGAGAAUGCGGCCAGAACGCUGAGUGCUCUGUCCAAAAUCACCGGCCAGUGUGUCGAUGCCGAAGCGGUUACACCGGGGAUCCGUUCCGACUCUGUUCGCCAGCACCGAAACCCACACUGGCUCCAGUGAUCCCCGACCAGAAGCCGUGCUACCCGGGCAAGUGCGGUUCGAACGCCCAGUGCCGGGUCCACAACGGACUGGGCGUGUGCAGCUGCCUGACAGAAUACUUUGGCAAUCCGUACGAGGGCUGUCGUCCAGAGUGUGUGGUAGACUCCGACUGCGACCGGUCCAAGGCCUGUGAGCGCAACAAGUGCGUGGAUCCGUGCCCCGGCGUGUGCGGCUUCCGUGCCGACUGCCGGGUGCAGGACCACGUGCCCAUGUGCUACUGCCCGGAGGGCUACCGGGGCGACCCCUUCACUGCAUGCACACCUGUGCCUCAAACAUCGGAGCCUCCAAAGCAGCCCGAGGUCGUUGACCCUUGCUACCCGCCACCGUGCGGAGCCAACGCCGAGUGUAUCGCCAAGGACAGCGUGGCCACGUGCGAAUGCAAGCCAGGCUUCCCGAAGGGUGACCCGACCACCGGCUGUCGACCCGAGUGCGUCACCAACGCCGACUGUGCCCAGACUCUGGCUUGCGGGUCACAGCAGAAGUGCGUUGACCCGUGCCCGGGCCUCUGUGGACGGAACGCAGAGUGCAGAGUCAUCAACCAUAAUCCGAUGUGCAUCUGCGAAAGGGGCUACACAGGAUCAGGCUACCAGGGAUGCACACCGAUUCCGCCUGAGGUGCCUAAGCAGACUUGCUACCCGAACCCGUGCGGUGCGAACUCGGAAUGUCGGGAGUCGAACGGCCGUCCGGCCUGCUCCUGCCUGCCCAACUACCAGGGCAGUCCGCCCGACUGUCGGCCCGAGUGCGUGGUCAACUCCGACUGUGCCAGCCACCUGGCCUGCGUCGGACAGAAGUGUGUCGACCCGUGCCCGGGAUCAUGCGGACAGAACGCGGAGUGCCGCGUGCACAACCACAAUCCAGUCUGCUCCUGCCUGCGCGGAUACACCGGGGAUGCAUAUGCCCUGUGUUCCCGGAUUCCUCAAACACCUGCACCCACGGCGCCUGCAGUUGCCGAUCCCUGCUAUCCGUCGCCGUGCGGAGCAAACGCCGACUGCAACGAUAAGAGCGGUGUGGGGGUGUGCAUUUGUCGGGGCGAAUAUUUCGGCAACCCGUACAGUGGCUGCAGGCCCGAAUGUGUUCUGGACACCGACUGUCCCCGAGACAAGAACUGCGAGCGCAACAAGUGCGUCGACCCGUGCGAGGACAGAUGUGGCUCCGGAGCGGAAUGCCGCGUGGUGAAUCACAUCAUCAUGUGCACGUGCCCACCGGGAUACACGGGAGAUGCCUUCUCCUACUGUAGCCCGGUGCCGCAAACUGUGCCGCCACCACGGGAGCCGCAGUACACGAACCCGUGCCAGCCGACUCCGUGCGGGCAGAACGCCCAGUGCCAAGAGAAGAACAGCGUGGCCGUGUGCUCGUGUCUGCCGGGCUACCAGGGCGACCCGACAACCGGCUGUCGUCCGGAGUGCGUCUCCAACGCCGAGUGCGCUCCGUCGCUGGCCUGCAUCAACCAGAAGUGCAAGGACCCCUGUGCGGGUCUGUGCGGCGUCAACGCCCAGUGCCGGGUUAUCAACCACAACCCGAUGUGCAACUGCCUGUCUGGAUACGAGGGAGAUCCCUACAGAAGCUGCGCUGUGGCAAGGACCGAACCACCCCGUCAUGAGAACCCGUGUCAUCCGACCCCGUGCGGUGCGAACUCGGAGUGUCGGGAGCAGAACAGCCGUGCGGCCUGCUCCUGUCAGAAGGGCUACGUGGGCUCCCCGCCCGCAUGCCGGCCAGAGUGUGUGCUGAACACAGACUGUGCCAGCCACCUGGCCUGCAUCGGGCAGAAGUGUCGCGACCCGUGCGAAGGAGAAUGCGGGGUGAACGCUGAGUGCACAGUUGCCAAUCACAAUCCAGUGUGCCGGUGCAAGCCCGGGAACACUGGUAAUCCACUCCGUUACUGUUCACCAGUUCCCCAAACAACACCAAGACCGCAAGUAUUCCACAAAGACCCUUGUCAUCUCGGCAAAUGCGGCCAGAACGCCCAGUGUCGGGUCCACAACGGACUGGGCGUGUGCAGCUGCCUGCCAGAGUACUUUGGCAAUCCGUACGAGGGCUGUCGUCCAGAGUGUGUGGUAGACUCCGACUGCGACCGGUCCAAGGCCUGUGAGCGCAACAAGUGCGUGGAUCCGUGCCCCGGCGUGUGCGGUUUCCGUGCCGACUGCCGGGUGCAGGACCACGUGCCCAUGUGCUACUGCCCGGAGGGCUACCAAGGCGACCCCUUCACGGCAUGCAGACCUGUACCUCCAACACCUAAACCAACCGAGACACCAGUGAAGCCCGACCCUUGCCACCCGUCGCCGUGCGGAGCCAACGCCAAAUGCAUUGCCAAGGACAGCGUGGCCACGUGCGAAUGCAAGCCAGGUUUCCCGAAGGGUGACCCGACCACCGGCUGUCGGCCCGAGUGUGUCACCAACGCCGACUGUGCCCAGACUCUGGCGUGCGGGUCACAGCAGAAGUGCGUUGACCCGUGCCCGGGUCUGUGCGGACGGAACGCAGAGUGCAGAGUCAUCAACCAUAAUCCGCGUUGUACCUGCCUCAGUGGAUACACUGGAGCACCGUACCAAGGAUGCACCGUUGUCAAACCCAACACGCCCAAGCAGACUUGCUAUCCGAACCCGUGCGGUGUGAACUCGAAAUGUCAGGAGAUGAACGGCCGCCCGGCCUGCUCCUGCCUGCCCGAGUACUUGGGCAGUCCGCCCGACUGUCGGCCCGAGUGCGUGGUCAGCACUGACUGUCCCAGUCACCUGGCCUGCGUCGGACAGAAGUGCGUCGACCCCUGCCUGAAGGCAUGUGGACUGCACGCGGUGUGUAAGGUGUACCGGCAUGCCCCGGUGUGCUCCUGUGCACCGGGAUACACUGGAUACGCCUAUUCGGGCUGCACGCCCGUGCCCAAACUUCCGGCUUUGCCGACGGCUCCAACCGUGGCUGAUCCUUGUUACCCCUCGCCGUGCGGUGAUAACGCCCACUGCCAGGCCAAGAGCGGUCUGGCCAUAUGCGCCUGCAUUUCCGAACACUUCGGCGACCCGUACGCCGGCUGUCGGCCCGAGUGCGUGCUGGACACGGACUGUCCCCGGGACAAGAAUUGUGAGCGCAACAAGUGCGUGGACCCGUGCGCGGGCGUGUGCGGCACCGGCGCCGACUGUUCGGUGGCGAACCACAUUCUGCGCUGCAGCUGCCCGGCCGGCCACACGGGCGACCCGUUCUCGCGCUGUUUCCCGGCGCCGGCGCUUCCGGCGCCGCCGUCGCGGCCGCUCGCCGAGUCGCCGUGCCGCGCCCAGCCGUGCGGCCCGAACGCCGAGUGCCGAGAGGUGCGCGGCGCGGCCGUGUGCGUCUGCCUGCCGGGAUACCGCGGCGACGCGACGGCCGGCUGCCGGCCCGAGUGCGUCACGCCCGCCGACUGCCCGCCGGCGCUCACCUGCAUCAGCCACAAGUGCCGCGACCCGUGCGCCGGCCUCUGCGGAAGCAAUGCUCUCUGCCACGUGCAGAACCACAACCCCUUGUGCACGUGUCGGCCGGCCUACACGGGCAACCCGUACCACGGCUGCCAGAUCACGCCUUCCGAACCACCCCGGCCUGAGAAGCCCUGUCGCCCAAGCCCGUGCGGCUCGAACUCGGAGUGUCGGGAGCAGAACGGCCGCGCGGCCUGCUCCUGUCUGAAGGGCUACGUAGGCUCGCCUCCCACCUGCAGGCCAGAAUGUGUGCUGGACACAGACUGUGCCAGCACACUCGCCUGCAUCAGCCAGAAGUGUCGGGAUCCAUGCGAAGGUCGCUGUGGCACUGACGCCGUGUGCGUGGUGAUCAACCACAGUCCGUCGUGUCGCUGCCCAGAAGGCCUUUCUGGGGAUCCGUACAGGUUCUGUGCGGAAAUACCAACACCUACCGAAGCGACGAGAACACCAGAGAACCCAUGCCACCCGGGCAAGUGCGGUACAAACGCCCUCUGUCGGAUCCACAACGGACUGGGCGUGUGCAACUGCCUGCCGGAAUACUUUGGCAACCCGUACGAGGGCUGUCGUCCAGAGUGUGUGGUAGACUCCGACUGCGACCGGUCCAAGGCCUGUGAGCGCAACAAGUGCGUGGAUCCGUGCCCCGGCGUGUGCGGCUUCCGUGCCGACUGCCGGGUACAGAACCACGUGCCCAUGUGCCACUGCCCAACCGGAUACCAAGGAGACCCCUUCACGGCAUGCGCGCCGAUUCCACAAACACCGCCACCGACCGCACCGACAAUCGCCGAACCGUGCUACCCGUCGCCGUGCGGAGCCAACGCCGAAUGUAGCGCUCACAACAACGUGGCCACAUGCAAGUGCAAGCCAGGCUUCCCGAAGGGUGACGCCACCACCGGCUGUCGGCCCGAGUGUGUCACCAACGCCGACUGUGCCCAGACCCUGGCGUGCGGGUCACAGCAGAAGUGCGUUGACCCGUGUCCGGGUCUCUGCGGACGAAACGCAGAGUGCAGAGUCAUCAACCAUAAUCCGCGCUGCUCCUGCCUCAGUGGAUACACCGGUGACCCAUACCGAUCCUGCACGCAAGACAUUCCUCGUGAGCCGGUGAACCCGUGCUAUCCGAGCCCGUGCGGUGCGUACUCGGAGUGCCGGGAGAGCCGCGGCAAGCCGGCCUGCUCCUGCAAGCCGUCAUACAUCGGCAGUCCGCCCGAAUGUCGGCCCGAGUGCGUGGUCAGCUCUGACUGUCCCAGUCACCUGGCCUGCAUCCAAGAGAAGUGCAGGGACCCGUGCCCGGGCAAGUGCGGUCUGAACGCCGACUGCUCGGUUCGCAACCACAACCCGCAGUGCAGGUGUCUGCCUGGAUACAUCGGAGACCCGUACUCACGCUGUCUCCCGCAGCCACCUGUCACACCGAGACCUCCCGUAGUCGAGGUGGACCCUUGCUAUCCAUCGCCAUGCGGAGCCAACGCCGACUGCUCCAACAAGAACGGUGUCGGAGCUUGCGAUUGCCGACCGGACUACUUCGGAAACCCGUACGAAGGUUGCCGACCCGAGUGUGUUCUCGACACCGACUGUUCCCGCGACAAGAACUGCGAGCGCAACAAGUGCAUGAACCCUUGCCCGGAUCGCUGCGGCUCCGGAGCGGAAUGUCUGGUGGUGAACCACAUCAUCAUGUGCUCCUGUCCACCGGACCACACCGGAGAUCCGUUCUCGUACUGCAGUCCUGUCCCCAAGACCACUCCGCGCCCGCAGCAGCCCACCAACCCGUGCUACCCGUCUCCGUGCGGUGCCAACGCUCAGUGCCGAGAGGCCAACAGCGUGGCGCUGUGCACGUGCCUGCCCAACUACCAGGGCGACCCGACGACCGGCUGCAGGCCAGAGUGUGUCUCACCGGCCGAAUGUCCUGCGCACAAGACAUGCGUCAACCAGAAGUGCGUGGAUCCGUGCCCAGGCGUGUGCGGACAGAACGCCCAGUGCCGAGCCAUCAACCACAACCCGGUGUGUGAUUGCAAUAACGGCUACGUGGGAGACCCAUACCGCCGUUGCACACUGCAGCCAGUGACGGCACCGGUUGUGGUUGACGAACCGUGCUCACCGAGCCCUUGCGGAUCAAACGCUAUUUGUCGGGAAUCGAACGGCAAGGCGUCCUGCAGCUGCGAGAAGGAUUACGAAGGAAGCCCACCGGACUGUCGCCCACAGUGCGUCAUCAACACUGACUGUGCCUUCACUCUGGCCUGCAUCGGAAAGAAGUGUGUGGAUCCGUGCCCAGGCCAGUGUGGUGCGAACGCCAACUGCAUCGUGCAGAACCACAACCCCGUCUGCAGAUGUCAGUCAGGAUACACGGGCGACCCGUACCGAUACUGCUCCGUCAUUCCUGCCACAACGGAAAGGCCAAGAGCACCAGAAAACCCGUGUUCCACGGGCACGUGCGGUCCGAACGCCCAGUGCCGGGUCCACAACGGCCUGGGCGUGUGCAGCUGCCUGCCAGAGUACUUUGGCAAUCCGUACGAAAGCUGUCGUCCAGAGUGUGUGGUAGACUCUGACUGCGACCAGUCCAAGGCCUGUGAGCGCAACAAGUGCGUGGAUCCGUGCCCCGGCGUGUGCGGCUUCCGUGCCGACUGCCGGGUGCAGGACCACGUGCCCAUGUGCUACUGCCCGGAUGGCUACCGGGGCGACCCGUUCACGGCAUGCUCACCAAUCCCGGUCACCCAGCCUCCGAAGGAGCCUGUGCCGAGGAACCCGUGCUACCCAUCGCCGUGUGGACCCAACACCGACUGCAAGGAUAAAAAUAACGUGGCCAUCUGCACGUGCAAGCCAGGCUUCCCGAAGGGUGACCCGACUACCGGCUGUCGGCCCGAGUGUGUCACCAACGCCGACUGUGCCCAGACUCUGGCGUGCGGGUCGCAGCAGAAGUGCGUUGACCCGUGCCCGGGUCUCUGCGGACGGAACGCCGAGUGCAGAGUGGCCAACCAUAACCCGGUCUGCACGUGCCUCAAGGGAUUCACUGGUGACCCGUACCGGACCUGCACUAAGGACAUCCCUCGUGAGCCGGUGAACCCGUGCUAUCCGAGCCCGUGCGGUGCGUAUUCGGAAUGCCGGGAGAGCCGCGGCAAGCCGGCCUGCUCCUGCAAGCCGUCAUACAUCGGCAGUCCUCCCAGCUGUCGGCCCCAAUGCGUGGUCAGCUCUGACUGUCCCAGUCACCUGGCCUGCAUCCAAGAGAAGUGCAGGGACCCGUGCCCGGGCAAAUGCGGUCUGAACGCCGACUGCUCGGUUCGCAACCACAACCCGCAGUGCAGGUGUCUGCCUGGAUACAUCGGAGACCCGUACUCACGCUGUCUCCCGCAGCCACCUGUCACACCGAGACCUCCCGUAGUCGAGGUGGACCCUUGCUAUCCAUCGCCAUGCGGAGCCAACGCCGACUGCUCCAACAAGAACGGUGUCGGAGCUUGCGAUUGCCGACCGGACUACUUCGGAAACCCGUACGAAGGUUGCCGACCCGAGUGUGUUCUCGACACCGACUGUUCCCGCGACAAGAACUGCGAGCGCAACAAGUGCAUGAACCCUUGCCCGGAUCGCUGCGGCUCCGGAGCGGAAUGUCUGGUGGUGAACCACAUCAUCAUGUGCUCCUGUCCACCGGACCACACCGGAGAUCCGUUCUCGUACUGCAGUCCUGUCCCCAAGACCACUCCACGCCCGCAGCAGCCCACCAACCCGUGCUACCCGUCUCCGUGCGGUGCCAACGCUCAGUGCCGAGAGGCCAACGGCGUGGCGCUGUGCACGUGCCUGCCCAACUACCAGGGCGACCCGACGACCGGCUGCAGGCCAGAGUGUGUCUCACCGGCCGAAUGUCCUGCGCACAAGACAUGCGUCAACCAGAAGUGCGUGGAUCCGUGCCCAGGCGUGUGCGGACAGAACGCCCAGUGCCGAGCCAUCAACCACAACCCGGUGUGUGAUUGCAAUAACGGCUACGUGGGAGACCCAUACCGCCGUUGCACACUGCAGCCAGUGACGGCACCGGUUGUGGUUGACGAACCGUGCUCACCGAGCCCUUGCGGAUCAAACGCCAUUUGUCGGGAAUCGAACGGCAAGGCGUCCUGCAGCUGCGAGAAGGAUUACGAAGGAAGCCCACCGGACUGUCGCCCACAGUGCGUCAUCAACACUGACUGUGCCUUCACUCUGGCCUGCAUCGGAAAGAAGUGUGUGGAUCCGUGCCCAGGCCAGUGCGGUGCGAACGCCAACUGCAUCGUGCAGAACCACAACCCCGUCUGCAGAUGUCAGUCAGGAUACACGGGCGACCCGUACCGAUACUGCUCCGUCAUUCCUGCCACAACGGAAAGGCCAAGAGCACCAGAAAACCCGUGUUCCACGGGCACGUGCGGUCCGAACGCCCAGUGCCGGGUCCACAACGGCCUGGGCGUGUGCAGCUGCCUGCCAGAGUACUUUGGCAAUCCGUACGAAAGCUGUCGUCCAGAGUGUGUGGUAGACUCCGACUGCGACCAGUCCAAGGCUUGUGAGCGCCACAAGUGCGUGGACCCGUGCCCCGGCGUGUGCGGUUUCCGUGCCGACUGCCGGGUGCAGGACCACGUGCCCAUGUGCUACUGCCCGGAUGGCUACCGGGGCGACCCGUUCACGGCAUGCUCACCGAUCCCGGUCACCCAGCCUCCGAAGGAGCCUGUGCCGAGGAACCCGUGCUACCCAUCGCCGUGUGGACCCAACACCGACUGCAAGGAUAAAAAUAACGUGGCCAUCUGCACGUGCAAGCCAGGCUUCCCGAAGGGUGACCCGACUACCGGCUGUCGGCCCGAGUGUGUCACCAACGCCGACUGUGCCCAGACUCUGGCGUGCGGGUCGCAGCAGAAGUGCGUUGACCCGUGCCCGGGUCUGUGUGGCUCCAAUGCCGAAUGUAGAGUCAUCAACCACAACCCAAUCUGCACGUGCAAUGAGGGUUAUGAAGGAAGCCCUUAUGCAUAUUGCACGCGUGUGCCAGCUGAAGAACCGAAGAAAACUUGCUAUCCGAACCCGUGCGGUGCGAACUCGGAAUGUCGGGAGUCAAACGGCCGUCCGGCCUGCUCCUGCCUGCCCAACUACCUGGGCAGUCCGCCCGACUGUCGGCCCGAGUGCGUGGUCAACUCCGACUGUGCCAGUCACCUGGCCUGCGUCGGACAGAAGUGCGUCGACCCGUGCAGCGGCACGUGCGGCAGAAACGCCGAGUGUCGCGUGCAGAAGCACAACCCGCUCUGCUACUGCCGGCCCGGCUUCACAGGCAAUGCCUACUCCCAGUGCUCGCCCAUUCCAGCGACCGCACCUCCGACGCCGGCCUCGCCGACCGACCCAUGCUACCCGUCGCCGUGCGGAUCGAACGCCCGCUGCGAGGAGAGCAAAAGUCUAGCCAUCUGUACGUGCCUGCCUGAGUACUUCGGCAACGCGUACGUCGGUUGCCGGCCCGAGUGCGUGCUGGACACGGAUUGCGCGCGUGACAAGCAGUGCCAGGCGAACAAGUGCGUCGAUCCCUGCCCGACACCGUGCGGCGCGGGGGCCAUCUGCGACGUGGUGAACCACGUGCCCAUCUGCCAUUGCCCCGAGGGCAUGGUCGGAGAUGCCUUCGCCGCCUGCCGUCCAAAGCCAGCAGACCCGGUGCGACCCGUGCAGCCGGCCAACCCGUGCGUGCCGACGCCGUGCGGCGUCAACGCCAACUGUCGUCUGCUGAGCGGCGUGGCCAUGUGCGCCUGCCUGCCCGGCUACAUCGGCGAUCCGAUGGAGCGCUGUCGCCACGAGUGCGUCACCGACUCCGAGUGCUUGGCCGACAAGGCGUGCAUGGCCAACAAGUGCCGCGACCCGUGCGACGGCACGUGCGGCUACCGCGCCCAGUGUCGCGUGGUCAACCACCAGCCGCGUUGCACGUGCCCGCCCGGCUUCAGCGGCGACCCGUACCGCGGCUGCUAUCCAGCACCAGUGACAGUGACGCCGGUGGGAGACCCGUGUCACCCGACCCCGUGCGGCCCGAACUCGGAGUGUCGCGAGCAGAACAACCGCGCCGCCUGCUCGUGCCUCAAGGGCUACGUGGGCUCGACGCCCAACUGUCGACCCGAGUGUGUGCUCAGCAGCGACUGUGCCCAGGACAAGGCGUGCAUCGGCCAGAAGUGCCAGGACCCGUGCCCGGGCUUCUGCGGGACGAACGCCGUCUGCGACGUGCGCAACCACAACCCGGUCUGCUCGUGCCAGCCCGGCUACACCGGCGACGCCUACCGCUACUGCUCGCCCGUGCCUGAACCUACACCGGCACCCGCUGAGCCACGGAACCCGUGUCAGCCGGGCAAGUGUGGCCAGAACGCCCAGUGUCGCAUCCACAACGAGAUCGGCGUGUGCAGCUGCCUGCCUGAGUACUUCGGCAAUCCGUACGAGGCCUGCAAGCCGGAGUGCGAGGUCCACGCCGACUGCGAUCGGUCCAAGGCCUGUGAGCGCAACAAGUGCGUGGACCCGUGCCCCGGCGUGUGCGGCUUCCGUGCCGACUGCCGGGUGCAGGCGCACGUUCCCAAGUGCUACUGCCCGGAGGGCUACCAGGGCGACCCGUUCACGGCGUGUCGACCGGUGCCGCCGCCGCAGGAGCCGGUCACCCGGCCGCCGGCGCCCACGCCCUGCUACCCGAACCCGUGUGGCCCGAACGCCGAGUGCAAGGACAAGAACGGCGCAGGCGUCUGCGCGUGCCUGCCGGGCUUCCCCAAGGGCGACCCGCUCUCCGGCUGCAGGCCCGAGUGCGUCGUCAACGAGGAGUGCGCGCAGUCGCAGGCGUGCGUGCGCCAGAAGUGCGCCGACCCGUGUCCGGGUGUGUGCGGCCAGAACGCGCGCUGCGCAGUGCGGAACCACAACCCGGUCUGCGAGUGCGAGGAGGGAUACCGCGGCGAUCCAUUCUCAAUUUGCCUGCCGAAACCAGACGACACGCCCAAGCAGACAUGCUAUCCGACCCCGUGCGGCCCUUACUCGGAAUGUCGGGAGAUUAACGGCCGGCCGGCCUGCUCCUGCCUGCCCAACUACCUGGGCGACCCGCCCAACUGUCGGCCCGAGUGCGUGGUCAGCUCUGACUGUCCCAGCCACCUGGCCUGUCUCGGACAGAAGUGUGUCGACCCGUGCCCGGGAGUGUGCGGCCAGAACAGCCAGUGCCGCGUGCAGGAUCACACGCCACUAUGCCUCUGCCUCGUCGGCUACACGGGCAACCCGUUCGUGGCCUGCCGGCCGAUACCAGUGACGGUUCUGCCGACUGCACCGAACGUCGGCAACCCGUGCAACCCGUCGCCGUGCGGAUCGAACGCCGAGUGCGAAGAGCACAGUGGCCUGGGCGUCUGCAAGUGCGUGUCGGAAUACUCUGGCGACCCGUACGCCGGCUGCCGGCCCGAGUGCGUGCUGGACGACGACUGUCCGCGCGACAAGCACUGCUCGCGCAACAAGUGCCGCGACCCGUGCCCGGGCAUGUGCGGCCUCAACGCGGAGUGCCGUGUCAUCAACCACAUUCCGAUGUGCUCCUGCCCGGCUGGCUACACUGGCAACGGAUUCUCCCGCUGCUACCCCGUACCGCAGACGUCUGCGCCGACGAUCCCGCCGCUCCUGCGCGACCCGUGCUACCCGAGCCCGUGCGGCACGUACGCCACGUGUCGCGCGACCAAGGGUGUGUCGGUCUGCGCGUGUCUGCCCGGCUACCAGGGCGACCCGACCGUGGCCUGCCGACCCGAAUGCGUCGUGCCCGCUGAGUGCCCGCUCGACAGGACGUGCGUGCGCGAGAAGUGCAUCGACCCGUGCCCGGGCACGUGCGGAGCCUACGCUCAGUGCGUGGUGCUCUCGCAUAACCCCAUCUGCACGUGUCCGGCUGGCUACACCGGGGAUCCCUUCAGAGGCUGCUACCCGGAGCCCGAGCCGCCGCAGAGAGACAACCCGUGUGACCCGAACCCGUGCGGCGACGACGACGACGCGCUGUGCCGCGUGGUGAACGGCGCCGCCUUCUGCGCGCGGCCGGAGCCGACGCCGCAACCCGAGUGUGUCACCAACGACGACUGCGCGCGCCACCUGGCCUGCGCCAACUUCCACUGCCGUGACCCGUGCCCCGGCAGCUGCGGCGCCGGCGCGCGCUGCGACGUGGUCAACCACGUGCCGCGCUGCAGCUGUCCGGAGGGCACCACCGGCAACCCGAUCCGCUUCUGCGCUCCGGUGGUGGCCACCACGCCUUCGCCGCAGCCGCAGAACCCGUGCCGGCCGUCGCCAUGCGGCGAGAACGCUGAAUGCAGCGCCCAAAACGGUCUGGGAAUCUGCCGCUGCCUGUCGCUCUACACCGGCAAUCCGUACGUCAUCUGUCGGCCCGGCUGUCUGGACGACUCGAGCUGCUCCAACGCGCAGGCCUGCGUGCGCCAGAAGUGCGUCGACCCGUGCCCGGGCGCGUGCGGCCACAACGCCCAGUGCGAGGUGAUCCGGCACCGGCCCAACUGCCGCUGCCUGCCGGGCUUCCAGGGCGACCCCUACUCGCCGACCGGCUGCCUCCUGGUGCCGGUGACGGCGCCCUCGGUGGCGGAGCAGCCUCGCGAUCCGUGCCGCCCGUCACCGUGCGGCGACAACGCCAUCUGUCGGCGCAAGGGUCCGACGGCCGCCUGCCUCUGCCGCGACGACUACCAGGGCGACCCGUACGUCGGCUGCCGGCCCGAGUGCGUGCUGAACGCCGACUGCGCGCCGCAGCUGGCCUGCAUUCUGCAGAAGUGCCGCGACCCGUGCCAGUGCGGCCGCAACGCCGACUGCCAGGUGGUGAACCACGUGCCGUCCUGCAUCUGCCAACAGGGCAUGACCGGUGACCCGUACCGGCUCUGUCUUCCGGCUCCCACGUCGCCACCCGACCUGUGCAACCCGUCGCCGUGCGGCCGCGGCGCGCGCUGCGAGGCGAGCGGCAGCCAGGCCAUCUGCUCGUGCCCGGCCGGCCUGUUCGGCUCGCCGUACGUCGAGUGCCGGCCCGAGUGCACGGUCGACUCGGACUGCUCCAACACGCGCGCCUGCGUGGCGCUGCGCUGCGUCGACCCGUGCGUCGGCCGGUGCGGCGUCGGCGCCGUCUGCGACGUCUACAGCCACCGGGCGCGCUGCUCCUGCCCGCCGCCCUACGUGGGCGACCCGUACGUGCAGUGUCGGCCGCCGCCAGUCCAGCCGACCGCGGCGCCGACGCCGCGGCCCGAGUGCGUCGCCGACGACGAGUGCGCGCUGACGCAAGCUUGCAUCAGCCAGCGCUGCCAGGACCCGUGCGCGCUCUACCCGACCGUGUGCGCCAGCAAUGCCGUCUGCCGCGUCAUCCGGCACCGCCAGGUCUGCUCCUGUCCCGACCAGAUGACCGGCAACCCUAACGUGCUCUGCUACGAGCUGGGCUGCCGCUCCGACGCCGAAUGCCCUCUGUCGGAGGCCUGCAUGCAGCGCCAGUGCCAGGACCCGUGCAAGUUCCUCGACUGCGCCCGCAACGCCCGCUGCCACGUCUCCAACCACCGCGCGCGCUGCGAGUGCCUGCCCGGCACGCUGGGCGAUCCGUUCUCCGGCUGCCGGCGGCCCGAGUGCACCUCCGACCAGGAGUGCGCCUACUCGCACGUCUGUCGCGACGAGCGCUGCACGCCCGUGUGUGUCGACGCGUGCGGCACGCUGGCUGAGUGCCGCGCGCUGAACCACCGUGCCAGCUGCAGCUGCCCGCCCGGGUACACGGGCGACCCCAACACCGCCUGCAAGCCAGUGCCGGAGGUGGAGCAGCCUCGCGUCGAGUGCACCACCGACGCCGAGUGUCCGUCGCGACACGCCUGCAUGAACACACGCUGCGUGGACCCGUGCCGGACGAUCGAGCCAUGCGGUCUGAACGCCCAGUGCCGCGUCAUCGACAGCCUGCCGUCGCGCACCAUGAUCUGCCAGUGCCUGCCCGGCUUCGUCGGGGACCCGGAUGUCGAGUGCCGAGCCCCGCCGCCGCCGGCCGCCGGCUGCUCCUCCGACUCGGAGUGCGCGCCGACCGAGGCGUGCCGCAACCGGGCCUGCAUCGACCCGUGCCGCCUGCUGAACCCGUGCGGCGAGAGCGCCGUCUGCCGCGUCGAGAACCACGCCCCGACCUGCAGCUGCCCCGACGACUGGCUCGGCAGUCCCUACGUCGCCUGCUACCAGGCCGAUGAGGAGGAGCCCGAGUGCAAGCGUGACACGGACUGCGCCAGCGCCCAAGCCUGCCUGAACGAACGCUGCGUCGACCCGUGCGUGGCGGCCAACCCGUGCAGCCGCGAUGCCAACUGCCGAGCGCAGAACCACCGCGCCUACUGCACGUGCCCGGUCGGCUACCUGGGCAACCCGCUCGUCAGCUGCUACCGACCCGAGUGCACGCGCGACGAAGACUGCCCGCUGGACCGCGCCUGCCAGGCGGAGACGUGCGGCGACCCGUGCCGCGCCAGCUCGUGCGGCCGCCGCGCCGAGUGUCGCGUCACGCGGCAUCGGGCGCAGUGCUUCUGCCCGCCCGGCACGCAGGGCAACCCGCUGCUGGCCUGCGUCGACGUCGGCUGUCGCGUCAACGACGACUGCGCCGACCACCAGCGCUGUGAGGCCAGCAGCGGAGCGUGCGUGGCCGUCUGCGACGGUGCCGCCUGCGCACCGAGCGCCACCUGCAAGGCCGAGGACCACCAGCCGCUCUGCACGUGCCCGCCCGGCACCACCGGCAACGCCUACUUCCAAUGUGAAAAAGACGAGCCGCGCGUGCCGAAGCCGGCGUGUGCCGUCGAUACGGACUGUCCGUCGGGCCAGGCCUGCCUGCAGGAGCGCUGCCAGAACCCGUGCCUCGUGAUGAACCCAUGCCGUGGCGGUCAGCAGUGCAGCGUGCAGGACACCGCGCCCUUCCGCACCAUGGUGUGCCGCUGCCCGGGCGAGAUGCUGCUCGACAACUCAGGCCUGUGCCUGUCGCCGGCCAUCGUCGAGCCCGAGUGCGCCGUCGACGUCGAGUGCGACGACUCGGAGCGGUGCCUGCGCGGCGCGUGCGUGCCCGUCUGCCGGCCCGACCCGUGCCAGGCCAACGCACUCUGCGAGCCGAAGUCGCACCGCGCCGUCUGCCGCUGCCCGCCCGGCUACGUCCAGGACCGCUACGGAAGCUGCGAGCGCGAGCGAACACCGACGGUGCAGCCUCCGCUCGUCAGACCGGGCUGCCUCUCCGACAGCGAGUGCAGCUUCGACUUGGCCUGCAUCGACGAACGUUGCCAGAGCCCGUGUGCGGUGCGCAACCAGUGCGCACCUAACGCGCGCUGCGAGGUACGCAACCACGGCCCCAUCUGCAGCUGCCCGGCCGGCUACGUGGGCAACGCGCUCAUCCAGUGCGUGCCACAGCCGGAAAAGCCGACAGCCGUCGGCUGCCGCGGCAACGAUGACUGCCCUGCCCAGCUCAGCUGCCAGAACGGCCAAUGCCGCUCGCCCUGCAACUGCGGCGACAACGCCGACUGCAACGUCAUCAACCACCGCGCCAUCUGCUCCUGUCGCCAGGGCUACGACGGCAACGCGCAGACAGGCUGCUUCCAGGUCGGCUGCCGGGACGACAGCGAGUGUCCGUCGUCGGCCGCCUGCAUCAACCGGCAGUGCGUGGCUGUGUGCGCGGUGCGGAACCCGUGCGCGCUGAACGCCCGCUGCGCCGGCCAGAACCACGCGGCCGCCUGCUCCUGCCCGGAGGGCUUCCAGGGCGACCCGUACACCCGCUGCCAGCCGGUCGGCUGCCGCUCUGACGGCGAGUGCGCCCCGAGCCUGGCCUGCCUGAACCAGCGCUGCGUCGACCCGUGCCUGUUCCAGAGCUGCGGCUCCAACGCCGAGUGCCGCGUCACCAACCACCGCGCCCAGUGCGUCUGCCGGCCGGGCACCGAGGGCAACCCGCUGUUCGCGUGCCGCGUGCCCGAGCCGCCGACGGCGCGCACCUGCCAGCUGGACACCGACUGCGCUGCGCAGCUGGCCUGCAUGUCGGGCCAGUGCGUGAACCCGUGCCUGGAGGUGCGGCCGUGCGGCCAGGGCGCGCGCUGCCUGGUGCUCGACACGGCACCGUACCGCACCAUGGUCUGCCAGUGUCCGGCAGGCUACGAGGGAGACGCCUACCAAGGAUGCCGACCCAUCAUCGUGGUCACACCGGAGGGCUGCGCCUCGGACAGCGAGUGCGCGCCCCGCGAGGCCUGCAUCAACAGACGCUGCCGCGACCCGUGCAACUGCGGCGACAACGCUCGCUGUGACGUCAUCAGCCACCGACCCAUCUGCACGUGCAAACCCGGAUACGAGGGCAACCCGCAAAUCGCCUGUUUGGCGGUGGGCUGCCGCUCCGACAGCGAGUGCAGCAGCCGCGAGACCUGCUACAGCGGCAACUGCGUCAACCCGUGCCAGGUGCAGGACCCGUGCCUGCGCAACGCCGAAUGCUACCCGGAGGCGCACCGCGCCCAGUGCCGCUGCCUGCCCGGCUUCGAGGGAGACGGCAAGCGACGCUGCUCGGCCGUCGGCUGCUCCUCGGACAGCGAGUGCCCGGCCGACAAGGCGUGCUACAGCCGCCAGUGCGUGAGCCCGUGCGUGUUCCAGAACCCGUGCGGCCCGGGCGCCGACUGCUUCGUGGCGCAGCACCGCGCUGAGUGCCAGUGCCGGCCGGGGCUGGUCGGCAACCCGCUGAUCCGCUGCGUGGAGGAGCCGCGCCGCGAGUGCACCGUCGACACCGAGUGCGGCCGCCGGCUGGCGUGCGUGGCCGAGCGCUGCGUCGAGCCGUGCGGCGCCAUCGAGCCGUGCGACGACUCGGCGCGGUGCUCCGUGGUCGACACGGCGCCCAUGCGCACCAUGGUGUGCCGCUGUCCCGUCAACAUGGUGCCCGACAACGCCGGCGGCUGCACGCCCAUCCAGGUGGCGGGCACAGUGGGUUGCGCGGCCAACUCCGACUGUCCGUCCGAGCAGGCGUGCGUCAACAACCAGUGCCGCGACCCGUGCGACUGCGGCCCCAACGCCGACUGCCGCGUCGUCAACAACCGCGCCAUCUGCUCGUGCCGCGCCGGCUACUCGGGCAACCCGAACGUCUUCUGCUCGGAGGUGGGCUGCACGUCCGACAGCGCGUGCCGCUCCGACGAGGCCUGCCUGAACGGCGAGUGCGUCAACCCGUGCGUGUACCGGGACCCGUGCGCCAUCUCGGCGCAGUGCUACGCGCAGGAGCACCGAGCCAACUGCCGCUGCCCGGCCGGCAUGGAGGGUGAUCCGUUCGUCACCUGCCGCCCGGUCGGCUGCAGCUCCGACUCCGAAUGCUCGCAGACCCAGGCCUGCGUGAGCCGGCAGUGCGUGGACGUGUGUCUGCUGGAGACGCGCUGCGCGCCGACGGCCGAGUGUGUGGCGCAGCGCCACCAGGCCGUCUGCCGCUGCCCGGUCCACAUGCCGCUGGGCAACCCUCACUUCAGCUGCCUGCCGCGUCUGCCGCCGAUCGCCGCCGAGCCCGAGUGCCGCCAGGACCGCGACUGCGGGCCGCAGCUGGGCUGCGUCGCCGAGAUCUGCCAGAAUCCGUGCGCCGUGCUCUCGCCGUGCCACGCGUCGGCCGAGUGCCGGGUGGUGGACGUGCUGCCCGUGCGCUCCAUGGUGUGCGUCUGCCGGCCGGGCUUCGUGCCGGAGCGAGACGGCGUGUGCCGCGCCGUGGUCGUGCCCUCGCCGCCCGGCUGCACGGCCGACUCCGACUGCCCCAGCAACGAGGCCUGCUUCAACCGCCAGUGCCGCUCGCCCUGCAACUGCGGCGAGAACGCCGACUGCAACGUCGUCCACCACCGCGCCGUCUGCUCCUGUCGCCAGGGCUACGACGGCAACGCCAACAUCGCCUGCCGUCCGGUGGGCUGCCGCGGUAACUCCGAGUGCCCCAGCGACCAGGCGUGCGUCAACAGCGAGUGCGUCAACCCGUGCCUGGUGCGCAACGGCUGCGGCAUCAACGCCGAGUGCUACGUGCGCGGCCACAACGCGCUGUGCCGCUGCCUGCCCGGCUACGAGGGCGACCCGCAGGGCCGCUGCCUGAUCGCCGGCUGCCGCAGCAACGACGACUGCCCCGACAGCCAGGCCUGCAUGAACCGGCAGUGCGUGAACCCGUGCCUGCACGAGCGGCCGUGCGCGCCUCGCGCCGAAUGCCGCGUGUUCUCGCACCGCGCCGAGUGCCGCUGCCCGCCCGGCUACGCCGGCAACCCGCUGAUUGCCUGCGUGCUGGAGCCGCAGCCGGAGUGCCGGCGCGACGCCGACUGCGCCUCGCGGCUCGCCUGCAUCGACGCCAAGUGCGUGAGCCCGUGCCGCGCCGAGGACCCGUGCGGGCCGGCCGUCGAGUGCCGCGUGGUCGACUCGCUGCCGGUGCGCUCGAUGACGUGCGUCUGCCCGGACGGCUACGUCGGCGGACCGGAGCGCACGUGCCGUCCGCUGACGGCCGUCACCAUCGGCUGCCGCGCCGACGACGAGUGCGGCGCGCGCGAGGCCUGCAUCAACGCCAUCUGCCGCACGCCCUGCCAGUGCGGCGCCAACGCCGACUGCCAGCUGCUGGAGCACAAGCCGAUCUGCGUGUGCCGGCCCGGCUACGAGGGCAACCCCAACCUGGGCUGCCACGAGGUGGGCUGCCGCAGCAACGAGCACUGCCCCGGCACGCACGCCUGCGUCAACGGCCAGUGCGAGGCCGUGUGCGACGAGCGGAAGCAGCCGUGCGGCGAGAACGCCGUCUGCGAGGCGGUUGACCACGAGCCGCAGUGCUCGUGCAAGCCGGGCACGCAGGGCGACCCGCGCUCCGUGUGCGCCGCCAUCGGCUGCGCCGACAACUCCGAGUGCCCGCCGGAGGCGGCCUGCGUCAACGCCAAGUGCGUGGACCCGUGCGGCCUGAACCCGUGCGUCGAGCCGGCCCAGUGCAAGGUGUUCGACAACCAGCCGACCUGCGUCUGCCCGCCCGGCUACGAAGGCACCCCGGAGGACGGCUGCGACGAGAUUGUCGUCGGCUGCCGCUCCGACUCGGAGUGCCCCGCCGGCCUGGCCUGCAUCAACGAGAAGUGCGACAACCCGUGCGAGAAGUUCGAGCCCUGCAAUGACAACGCCCGCUGUGAGGUGGUCAACACGGAGCCGGUGCGCACCAUGAGCUGCGAGUGCCUGCCCGGCUACCGUGGCAACGCCACCGACGAGUGUCUGCCCAUCGCGGCCUGCCCGACGGACCGCGGCUUCGUGGUCGGCGCCGACGACCAGUGCAUCUGCCCGCCGACGUACGCCGUCGGCGAGGACGGCUACUGCGCGCCCUGCGACGAGGACCUCGGCUACAAGAUCGACGACGACGGCCACUGCGUCUGCGCCCUGGAGCGUGGCAUGGUCAUCGACGUCAACGGCAACUGCGGCUGCCCGGAGACAUUCAUCAUGCUCAACGGCAUCUGCACCGGUGCCGUGACCUCCGAGCCGCCGCGCGAGUGUGAGGUGGACGACGACUGCCCGAUGGACAAGUACUGCGAGCGCACCACCAAGACCUGCAACGACCCGUGCGCCUUCGAGCCGUGCGGCGUCAACGCGUUCUGCGCGGGCGUCAACCACGAGCCGCUGUGCCGCUGCAUCCCGGGCCACACGGGCGACGCGUACAACGAGUGUCGCAGACCGCGCACCGACAUCCCGUCUCCCAACAUGGUGGUGAACUGCCUGCACGACGGCGUCCAGGUGGACAUCAACGUGGGCGACCCGCAGUUCAACGGGCUUAUGUACGUCAAGGGGUACUCGCAGAACCAGGAGUGCCGCAAGACGCUCGGCUCGGACAAGACAGGACAGAGCGUGGACUUCAAGGUCAUGUUUAACACGUGCGGUCUGAUCCACGUGGACGGCGAGGCAGACUUCGUGCUGGUGAUCCAGAAGCACCCGAAGCUGGUCACCGCCAAGGCACUGGCCUACCAGGUCCGCUGCGUCUACAAGACCGGCGAGAAGACCAUCAACAUCGGCUUCAACGUGUCGAUGCUGACGACGGCCGGCACCAUCGCCAACACCGGCCCGCCGCCUACCUGCACCAUGUCCAUCUGCACCAGCGACGGCGAGGAGAUCAGCACGGCCAAGAUCGGCGACCAGCUUAUGCUCAAGGUGGACGUGGACCCGAAGGAUAUCUACGGCGGCUUCGCGCGCAACUGCAUUGCCACCACCGUCGACGAGGAGGAGGAGAACGAGUACCUGGUGACCGAUGAGAACGGCUGCGCCACCGACCCGUCCAUCUUCGGCGAGUGGGCCUUCGACCGCCAGAACAACCAGCUCAAGGCCAUCUUCAACGCCUUCAAGUUCCCGUCGUCCAACAACAUCAAGUUCCGGUGCAACGUGCGCGUCUGCUUCGGCCGCUGCCAGCCGGUCAACUGCAACGGGCUGGACGCGUUCGGCCGGCGCCGGCGCCGCUCGCCGAUCACGGAUGAGCAGGAGGCGGUGAUCCGCCAGUCGGACAGCCACUUCCCGGGGCAGCUGCGCGAGGAGAUCGUCGUGCAGAGCAGCCCGAUCCUGACCUUCGAGCAGAAGGAGCCCACCGAGAACCGAUUCGUCGACCCCGAAGAUCCGACCGUGCAGCAGGCGGGCCUGGGCCCAGACGAGAUCUGCGUCAGCAAGCUGGGCUUCAUCAUCGCGCUGAUCAUCACGGCGCUGCUGGCGCUGGUCGCCGUGGCUAUCGCCAUCAGCUGCUGGCUGAUGGCCUACCGGCGCCGGCGCAAGGUGGACGGCCCGCUGCCGCAUCCGCCUGAGUUCCCGAACCCGCUCUACACGACGCCAGAACCGCUGGCCGAACCCAGCCCCGACUACCAGAGCUGAGCGGCGCACGUCGCCCGCUCAGCACGCAUUGUGAUAUACCACGCGCGGCCGGGGGCCGAGUGAACGGCGACCGGGGGGAGUGCGUGCGACAGAGGGCGCCGCCACACGAGACGACGGGCGCGGACAGUAUUACGGCGCCGCGUGAAGUGUGCUGCGUCCGACACCCCGGCGCUUUUUACCUGUGACUGCCAAAUAUGCCCCCGGUCAUGUCAUGUGCUUUUUUGAAGUGUGUCCUCGCCUGAUAUUGACCAAAUCAUCUAUCACACAUCCUCUGCUCCACACCUGUGUAGGACAACGCUUGCACCGCUCUGGUACGUGUAAAGAGUAAAUGGACCGAGAACACGGCGUCCGCUUGAAAUUCUCCGGCGACGCGAGCGCCGACGGCGGUUCGACUUGGGGAAGUUCCGCCACCGGCCGCACCGGCCGGGAGGCGCCAGCAUCGCCGGGCCAAUUUUGACCGGCGCCACCCGAAGGAGGGAUAGACAGAGUUCAGAGAGCGAGCGAGCGAGCGAAAGUGAUGCGCGCUAUUGUUGUUUGUGGGAGACCAGUUGUUAUAUGAAUCCGUCCUCUCUCCCGAUAUGCGACGCGUUCUCUAUCGAGGUCCGUUAGACUCGAACACUGGCUCUAUUAACUGUUCUCUCGCCAGUGGACACACCAGUGACAGAAACAUACAAGCCUAGUGCAUUCUGUGCUCUGUCUGCCAUUCACAAACAUACGUACUACGCGCUACCAGUCUAUGCUCCGGCGUUAAUGCGUAAACCAGGUGUGAUUCUCGUCUUCGUCUAACAAAUAGUCCGCCAAUUAACCUCGAACGCUGUCUGUGUAAAAUAUUUAAUUUUGUAAUUGUUUUGGUCAAUAAAUUUUAAUAAUAAUAA